AUGCGCGGUUCUCCUCGCAGUCCGCCGAAGCGCCUUCGCAGCCCCUCCGAGACGCGUCUCUCGACCGGCACUCGCUCCGUGUCAGCGGGCUGGGGAGGAGGAGGAGGAGGAGGAAGAAGAAGAAGAAGAGGAGGAGGUCCUACGCAUCUACCCUCCCGCUUGCCGGGGCUGGGGGAGAGUGAGCAGGAGCCGCCGCCGCCUCAUCCCUCCGCCACCCGGGCUGCUGCUGCUCCGUCUGCGCGGGCUUCGCCCCUCCAGGCAGACCGAGGCCGAGGGCGCAAAGCGAAAGGAAGCGAGCGGGGACGGCGACGCCUCCUUUCCCCCGGCCGCCUGCCUCUUCGCCCGCGUCGGCAUCAGCGCAGCUUCCUCUCCGCCAUCCCCGGAGCUGCGGGGAGGGGAGCCGAGACCAAACGCGACAGGACGCCGGUGCAGAAAGGGAGCGAGACAAAGGAGGCUGCCGGAGAGGGAGAGGUGAGUGGCGGGCGGAGAGAGCGAGACGCCUUGUUAGGGACGCUUCCCCCCCUUCCUCCCCCGCAAAGCCGGGCGUUCCAUUGCUUAGGAGGGUGGCGGCGGAGAGACCAGGUAAGCCCCCCCCCCCGCCUUCCCCUCCCCUCCCCCGCAAUCGCAUCCCGCCUCUCAAGGCUGCAGCGGCGAGAAGGCACUGAUGGAGCGGCGCGCUCGGGCUGCGUAAAGGUGGCGGUGGCGCAAGAAUGCUCAGCCCUUGGCGCUAUAAGGUGCUCUUCUUGGGAAGCUGGGAGAGGGACAGGGGUGGGUGGGGUUUUUUUCUUCCCACCUUUGCAUCUCCCCAGCGAUGUGGAGUCCGAGGCCUCCCCAUACCCUGGCACCCUCGGCUGCAGCCCCAUGAUCCAUACUGGGGGCUGGGGGGUGGGGUGGGGGUGAAAGUCUGGGUGUUUUGUUUUUUCCCCUAAUCCGCCCUCGGCUCCAUGGCGCUGCCCUUUCCUUCCCAGGGAAAGGAGGGGUGCCGAAUGGGAAAUAACAUGGCAAGAAGGUGAAGUCUCAAAUACCAAACACACGCACGCCCCGACAAGAAUUCAGAGGCAAUAGGGGGAAGCGUCAGGGGGAAAAAAGGAAAGCGUUGGCUGAUUUUUGUGUGCUUUCUGGGGAUGGAGCUAGCUAGCCAUGCUGCCAGGAGCAGGGUCUCGCGGUGCCAUACCAAUCGGCACCUCUGCCAUUUUCAGGAAAUGCUACCCUAUCGAGUCUUCUUCGUAUAUGCAGAGGUUGGAAAGAAAAUGAUGGUUUUCUGUUUUCUCUCAAUUCUGUCAUUGAUUGGCUCAGUAAGUAAAGGGGCGAGAGUCUUCGCUCAUUCCUCUCCCACUCAAAUAGCAGAGCAGAAUAUGGACAGCAUUUAUGUGUUGCAUUUUCCUUAUGGGGUUAAAGCGAUAGAAGUGCACCCACCCUCCCAUUUAUUUACAAUGUCUCAAGAUGCCAGGUUCGUUCUUGCAAUAAUUGCUGCCUGGGAAAUCGGGAGCGUGUGAUCUUUUAGUAGCCAGCGUGCACUUGACGGAAGUGGACAACGUCAACAGUUGCAAAUUUUUUAAUUGCUGGUUCUGGGUGAAGGUAAUAGUCACGAGGAAGAAGGUGGUGUGUACAGGUUGUUCAGCAGCAGUAUUUCCUGGACUCAAGGACGAAUGGAGGCUUCUUUACUUCUGUAGUUUGCUUGGUGUGUGUUUUUCCUUGGGAGAGAGGGUGUGGUGGUUAUGUCUCUGUAAUGCAGCGCUGCUAAGCAUUGCGUGGAAGCAGGAGGCUGCUGCUUGUGCAUGUGUAGUAGAAACAGAUCUUGCAGGGCGGAGGGAAGAGAUGUUACCUUAGGCUUAAUUUCCGAAGCUCCCACUGUCAAAACAAUAUACUAAAAUAAAUGCUUAGAAGAGAGGAAGCUAGCUAACAGUAUGUGCUAAACCUCCCCAUAAAAAUAGAUUUGAUUAUAUUAUUGUAUAUAUAUUCCAGUUAAUAUAUAUUCAGUGAUAUUCAUCUAAGUUUCACCCAUUGAAAUUAAUUAACCUAAGAGCCAUUUUCAUUAAUUUCUAUGAGUAUUUUUACCAGUUGGCUUAAAACUCUCGACAUUCAGCAACAGCUCAGUCCCAUUCAUAUUUACUCGGAAGAUAUCACUGUAUGAGAUUCAUGAGGCUUCAUUCCAGAUAAGGCUGUAAGUCAUAUAUCCAUUUACCUGGAAGUAAUCUCCACUAACUCACCGGGGCUUGCUUUUCAGUACACACAGAGGUGUAUUUAGGAUUUUGGCCUGAAUUUAUUGAGACUCCUUUUGUGUGAUGAGUUUCCCCAUCCGCAAAUGAUUUCUCCAAGCUGCUGCAAAAUGCAUGGAUCCUGGCUCCAGAGUGGCCAAUCUGAUGUAAAUUAAAGGGUGAUGCAUGCUUUGAAGUGAAUGUGCUUUCAAAUCAAAUCCUGCCUUUUCUUAAAGAGAUGCAGUUUAAAUACAAUGGCAUAGGCAUAUCUACAGAUAAUUGAAAUAUUCCUGUUACUCUGAACUGAAACCUAGAAGCAAUGGCUGUAAUAAUGCUAAGCUAGCGCUUUCUAAAUGAUGAGUUCAUGUUUUAAGGAUACUUUAAAAAAAAUAAUAAUAAUGAAGGAAACUAAGUAUUUAGUAUUUUGAUUAUACUCAUUUUCAAGAUUCAUUCCUAGAUCAUGUUUAUAUAUGGAUUCAUAUUGUUUAUGACACAGGUAUAUUUGGACAUGAACAUGACUGUACAAGUGUGUGUUCUUCUUUCUCUCUUUGACCAGUAUACUCAUUAUUUUUUAUUGUACUUAAGCCCCAUUCUUCCCCUCUGCCAAGGAAUUCAAGGCAACAGAUAUGGUUCUCUCCUGUCUCAUUCAAUCCCCAGGUGUAACAACCCUAUUAGAUUAGUUAGGAUGAGCAGCAGUUAAUGGCCCAAGUUUACCCAGUGAGCACCAUGUCUGAGCGAGGAUUUGAACCCACAUCUCCUAGUCUGACACGCUAACCAUUAUACCACAUUGGUUCCCAUUGGGUAGACAUUUCCAGCACUUGUAUCGGGCACAAUGAAGGGAAUACGCUGGUGUGGCCAUUCUCAUGAUCUGCCCGGACACUGAGGUCCAGUGCCGAGGGCCUUCUGGUGGUUCCCUCGCUGCGAGAAGCCAAGUUACAGGGAACCAGGCAGAGGGCCUUCUCGGUAGUGGCACCUGCCCUGUGAAACGCCCUCCCACCAGAUGUCAAGGAAAUAAACUAUCUGACUUUUAGAAGACAUCUGAAGGCAGCCCUGUUUAGGGAAACUUUUAAUGUUUAAUAGGUUAUUGCAUUUUAGUGUUUUGUUGGAAGCCGUCCAGAGUGGCUGGGGAAACCCAGCCAGAUGGGUGGGGUAUAAAUAAUAAAUAUUAUUAUUAUUAUUAUUAUUUAUUAUUAUAUUUGGCCUGGGCAAAAAGAAAACCUGGGAAUCACUUCGGUUUGUGGUAACUCAUUGGCUGGCAACAAUGUUAUGUUGGAGCUGUAACAGGGCACUUUAAAGUUUCUUACAGCUACAAUGUGAUGGCUGUCAAAGUUUACUCUUGCCUUUGGUGAGACGGAUCCUUCGGGGGAGAGAAAGGAAGAAAAACAAGAGAGGCAGAAAGACCUUGUCUGUCUAAUGUAAUUUAUUUUUUAAAAACCUUGAUUUUAACUAUUAUGUAUUUGUUGUUGUUCUUAUGCAAGUGACUGUCAGGUCUUCAGCUUGCCAUUUUUGGUGAGUCAUUUCCAGUUGUGUCCUCUUUUCACCUCUCUGGCCCCAUGCUUUGUAUAAAACUGCUACGCUGCAUCUAUUGCUGACAUGGAAAUAUAAACCUGUGCUUUUUUCUGGUGGUGUUACAUCCUGGUUUCUCUCGUGAAAGGGCAAAUCUGGCCCCCACCCUAGCUAUAAUGCUGCGUUGAUUUAGGAGUCACGCCCCCAUCCUAAAUGUCUGUUUUGUCAACACACUCUCUUUCAGUAGCUCAGCUGAUAUAGUGUAGAAUGUUAAUCACUAACCAUUGGUUCUGGUUUGAUUUCAGCUCAGAAGACGAGAUGUUUUAUCCUCUUGUUUUCACACAGCCCUCUCACCUCUAGCCAGAGCUUUCUCAACAAAAUAGAAUCAUAGAACUGGAGAGUUGGAAGGGACCCUGACAGUCAUCUAGGCCAUAGCUGUCAAUGUUUCCCUUUUUAAAGGGAAAUUCCCUUAUUCCGAAUAGGAUUCCUCACAAGAAAAGGGAAAAGUUGACAGGUAUGAUCUAGGCCAAACCCCUGCAACGCAGGAAACUUUUUCCCAAUGUGGGGUUCAAACCCACAAUCCUGAGUUUAGGAGCACCGUACUCUACUGAUUAUGGGAUGCGGGUGGCGCUGUGGGUUAAACCACAGACCCUAGAACUUGCCGGUCAGAAGGUCGGCGGUUCGAAUCCCCCGACGGGGUGAGCUCCCAUUGCUCGGUCCCAGCUCCUGCCAACCUAGCAGUUCGAAAGCACGUCAAAGUGCAAGUAGAUAAAUAGGUACUGCUCUGGCGGCAAGGUAAACGGCGUUUCCGUGCGCUGCUCUGGUUCGCCAGAAGCGGCUUAGUCAUGCUGGCCACAUGACCCGGAAGCUGUACGCCGGCGAGAUGAGCACCGCAACCCCAGAGUCGGCCACGACUGGACCUAAUGGUCAGGGGUCCCUUUACCUUUUGCUCUACUGAUUGAGCUAUCCCAGCUCCUAAUAAUUCACCUCUCUAGUCAUUCAGGCCACAUUAAAAUCCCAGGCUAUCCUCAAAUCCCUACACUGGUUUGCUAUCUAUGGGCAUCCAUAGCCCCCCUGAAUGAACCAUAACCCCCAGAUUGCCAGCUUUCACCUUCUAAAAAAAGAGUAUGUUACAUGCCUGGAAAACUACACUACAAAAUUGAAUGUGUGCGUUUCAAGAAAUGGUUGUGUUUCAGUUCAUGUAUUGCUUUGGAAAGUGCACAUUUUAUGCUGUGAACUGCCCUAAGAUCUACAAAUUAAACAAACAAAUAAACCAGUGCUGGCAAUCCCUUAUGCCCAGUGUUCGUUUUCUAAAAAAAAUGUUUAGGGGUACUCUCAUUUUGACUCAAGAAAACCACCAUUUUAUAGUUCAAAUCAGGGAAAAUAAAUACAGUUAAUGGACAAAAGUACAAAGAUUCACAAAACGUUUAGGACAGGCAUAGGCAAACUCGGCCCUCCAGAUGUUUUGGGACUACCACUCCCAUGAUCCCUAGCUAACAUGACCAGUGGUCAGGGAUGAUGGGAAUUGUAGUUCCAAAACAUCUGGUGGGCCGAGUUUGCCUAUUCCUGGUUUAGGGGUAUGUGAACCUCUGUGUCCCCACCCCCCCAGAAAAGAAACACUGCUUACGCCAAAUGUGUGUGUGUGUGUGUGUGUGGGAAUCCUAUUUGUGUGGCAAGAAAACCCAAAUGCAUUUCCCAUAGCUUCUUAGUUUGCCUGAGCUGUUUGCAACACAAUACCAAUAUUGAAUUCUGUCGCAAGGACUUGUGGGGACAGAAAUAUGUGCUUGUCCAGGAAAUCUAGCUCCCUUCCCCUCCCCCUCUUAAAAACUUAGGUCAAACUUUCUUUUUGCUUUUUGAGGCUUCUGUGGAUAUUGUCUACAUACCCUCAAACUUCUCUUCACAGCUAAGGUGGUCUAGAAACUUAGGGUAAGGCAACAGUUGUCUAUUUUGGUAGAUUUAAUAAGCUUGAGUAGCUGGGCACAGGAUUUCUGCCUUUAAAAGGAGAACAAAGAGAACGGGGGUUCUUGGGUCACUGCACAUCUGUAUCAGAUGUCCGAAAUCCAGUGCAAGCAACUUUGCUCUGGUACAAAGACUUAUAAGCAGUUCCACACCAAAUCCCUGCAGCAAGAUAAAGCAAUCUGCCUAGUGGCCUUUCGGUAACGCUGACCCCCAUAUUGCUCUCCUGCAGCCUGCUUCAUUUGAACUGCCAUUAUAUGAGCAAAGGCUCCUCACCUCUUGUCACGACAGAAAGACAGCAGGAGUUUUUUCAACAUCUUGUCAUGGUAUUCCUUGCCUGUGACAAGGGGGAGAAAACUUGAAUUCAGCAGAGAGGGAAGGGCAGUCUAAGUAACCAAAAGGGAGCAACAGUGUUCAGACUCAGAGGCCUGCUCAGAGUAGCACUAAUUCAGAUUCAUUCAUUUCAGUGGGUCUGCUUUGAGUUGGGCUUCACCGAAUGCAACCCAGUGUUGUAAUCAGAGUAAACGUAUUAAAAUCAGUGCUGGAUAUUUCCCUGUUGUAUCUCUUCAGGGUGGCAUGCAUUCUUUCUUACUGCACAAUUUUUUAAAAAGAGAAAUGAUUUUGCGGUAAAGUGUAAGAAAAAUAACAUGUUGACGUGGUACAAAUCGGUAUAAUUAGCAUUUUCAUGAGAGAAUGCCAUAUUGUCCCCUAGAAGCAUGUAAUGGAAAAUGGAUUGCGGACACAAAAUCAAUUUACCUCUGCCUUGUAAAUAAACCACUAAUUGUGACCGAGGCUACUGGUUGUCACUCUUGUUGAUAGUGUUUGGCUUUAUUUUUAAAAAAUAUAUGAUUUCCACCCUGCUUCAUCCUUCCUUUCCUUGGUUUGCUCUUGUUCGAAUCCCAAAUCAAGAAUGACUUUAUUUAAUUGUUUGGAAGCUGGAUCAAUAAUGUGGCGUCUUUACUACUCUAUUAAGCUUAUUUGUAUUAGAAUUUUAAAUGAGAUUGACAUUUUAAGCAUUUUUGGUCUCCUUUCUUUAGAGGUGAUUAACACAUCAGGGUUAGAAAUGAAGUAUGAGGUUGAUGUAUUACUGAUACACCUUAAAUAAAACGAUCUCUUGGAUGUUGGUGUGCCCUAGAAUUAGUUUUGGUUGUUUAAUGGUAGCUUACUACUUCAAUUUGUGCCAUAUUUAUUUUGAGAUGGAUUUGGGACCACCAUGGUGGCUAAUAAUAAUAAUAAUAAAUUUAUAUACCACCUAUCUGACUGCGUUGCCCCAGCCACUCAACCAAAGUGGCUUGCGAUAGAGAGAAUAUAUACCAAUUGAAUAUUGACUGUUUGCCAGAUAUAAAAACUUACAGUGUCUGGACCACUUCUGAAGUUGGCUCCCAGUUUCAUGCUGAAUCUGUGUAGCAGUAGGAAAACUUUCCUUACAGGGCUUGUUCAGGGCUUUGAAUAAGUGGCCACAUCCCUGCUUACUUCUGCUGUUCACUGGAAAAUGUUCUGCCUGCCACCAAGUACCGUAUUUUUUGCUCUAUAAGACUCACUUUUUUCCCUCCUAAAAAGUAAGGGGAAAUGUGUGUGCGUCUUAUGGAGCGAAUGCAGGCUGUGCAGCUAUCACAGAAGCCAGAACAGCAAGAGGGAUUGCUGCUUUCACUGUGCAGUGAUCCCUCUUGCUGUUCUGGCUUCUGAGAUUCAGAAUUUCCCCCCCUUGUUUUCCUUCUCCAAAAACUAGGUGCGUCUUGUGGUCUGGUGCGUCUUAUAGAGCGAAAAAUACGGUAAUUGUGAAUGUGCUAGGGACAGCCUGUGUUUCUUCCAUGCAACUGCAUCCUCAGGCUGCUCCAUGCAGACAGACUUUUAAAUGUGUGUCAUGCUAGUUAAAUGAAAACUUAGAAGGGUAGUUGAUUAUAUAGGGGGAUUUAGAAUCUGAAUUAAUUCAUUAAUUGCAUCAUGCUGGUCAGCUUUACAGUGUGUGUAUGUAGCUACUGCAUCUAUGUGACACUCUGUGCUCUGGCAAGUGGGUUAUGUUACCUUAAACUUCCACUUUUAAAACUUGAUGUGUCAUAGGCUGUCCAGGUUGAUGUGGGUGGCACUGUGGUCUAAACCACUGAGCCUCUUGGGCAGGGGUCAGCAACCUUUUUCAGCAGGGGGCCGGUCCACUGUCCCUCAGACCUUGUGGAGGGCCGACUAUAUUUUUUUUUGGGGGGGGGGAUGAAUGAAUUCCUAUGCCCCACAAAUAACCCAGAGAUGCAUUUUAAAUAAAAGGACACAUUCUACUCAUGUAAAAACACACUGAUUCCGGGAACAUCUGCGGGCUGGAUUUAGAAGCCGAUUGGGCCGGAUCAGGCCCCCGGGCCUUAGUUUGCCUACCCAUGCUCUUGGGCUUGCCGACCAGAAGUUCAGCGGUUUGAAUCCCCGUGACGGAGUGAGCUCCCAUUGCUCUGACCCAGCUCCUGCCAUCUAGCAGUUCGAAAGCAUACCAGUGCAAGUAGAUAAAUAGGUACCACUCUAGUGGGAAGGUAAACAGCAUUUCCAUGUGCUCUGGUUUCCAUCACGGUGUCCCGUUGCGCCAGAAGUGGUUUAGUCCUGCUGGCCACAUGGUCUGUCAGUGGACAAAGCUGUCUGUGGACAAACGCUGGCUCCCUUGACCUGAAAGCAGGAUGAGUGCCACAACCCCGUGGUCACCUUUGACUGGACUUAACCAUCCAGGGGUCCUUUACCCUUUACCUUUAUGCCUAUGAUCUUGUCUGUCUGCUUAAUACAUCUGAUGAAGUAAGCUAUUGACCAGCAAAAACUCAGCCCACAUAUAAACCAGUUAGCCUGAAAGGUGCCACAACAUUUUAAUUAUAUAUUUGUCAUCUUGCUGCUACAGACUUAAUGUGGCUCUUUUUCUUGAACAGUUAGCUUAAGUGGUUCCUUAGACGUCAAGAUGAUUGAUUUUUGCUUGCUCCAAAUCUUAUCUAAUGUAUCUUCACAGUAGAGUACUUGUACAAUAGUAGUACUUUAUGACACAAGUAGGGAUAAAAUAUUUAAUUCUCUGCAACUAUUUUCGGGCAGAACAAUGAGCUAUUUGUUCUCUCUCUGUAUAAAACAGGAUCCAGAGACAGCAAGCCAUUUGUUUGCGGAAUAACUAGAGGUCACACGUGGCUUCUAAACAUACUAAUGUAUUAUAAGGUUAUAAUUAAUUGUGUAAUUCUUGCUUGCAGAUGAAUUUCUCUCUUCCACUCUUCCUCUCAGGUUCAGUUUUCAUAGCAACUUAAAUCUGUGAAGUACACAAUUCUUCAGAUAGGGAAAUUGUGGUGCUAGGCAGGUAGUAUUUCAUAUUCUUCUGCAUACAUUUUAAUAUAGGUCUAUGUCAUGGCAUAUGUAUAUAUUGAAUGAAAUAAGAAAUAAGAAAAUAUUUAGCAAAACUUUUCCACCGAUAUUUAGAAAACUGUUGUAUAAAACAAACUAUUGCGUGUGUGUUUUGUUUUUUUUUCCUUUUCUUUCAAUCGAGCACAAUAAACUUUUGUAUUUGUUUAGACAGUUUUGAAAGCUAGCUUGUUCAUAAGAAUGUUGAUGUUGUCGAUCUUCAUUAGUUGUAGAAUGUUUUACUUUUUGUUUUACAGAAGGGGAGACAUUAUCUGACCCAUAAGCCUUUGUCCCCUGUAUUACCCAGCACCUUACAAAGUCAUGAUUGAUUGAUUGAUUGAUUUAUAUAUACCGUAGCCUUUACAUUAGUGACAACCAGGAAUGGUCAGGUAGAUUGAGAUCUGCAGCUAGAUCUCUGGGUGAGUUGCAAUAGAUCUGCAAAGGCUUCUGUCCUCCGAUACUUAACCAGUGGUAAGUGAACUUUAAAAGAAAAUAAACCUCUGGGUAGACUUACCUUCUGCUAAUCACUUCUGUCAGCUUUCACGUUCCUCACCUAAAAUAGUAUAAGUCUGAUGCUUCUUACUUAGAUAAGGAAAGCUGUUGACUAAAUAAACACUUUGCUACUUUCCCUCCAAAAUAUAUUUACAGUACUGUAGACUUGAAGCUAAAAUGACCAAAUCUUAAGAGUGCUUUAUUUUGUUUCAUUUUUAAAAGUUUAUUCCAUCACUGAAUUCGGAUUCAGUUACUAACUCUCUGAAAGGAAUUUGAUAUUAAGUUGUUUACAAGGUACGUUCGUGAGAAUUGUGUAGUUCACACUCCCCUUUCCGUGUCUAAGGAGAUUUCAUGAUCCCUGAUGCCAGAAGGGAUUUUGGUACAAAAGUGGCAAUUUGUCUAACCACUGUGAUUGUACAGUGGUGCCUCACAAGACGAAAAGAAUCCGUUCUGGGAGUCUCUUCGUCUAGCGGUUUUUUCGUCUUGCGAAGCAAGCCCAUUGACGGGAUUAGCGGAUUAGCGCUAUUAGCGCUAUUAGCGGCUUUUAGCGGCUUUUAGCGGCUUUUAGCAGCUUAUCAGCUUAUCAGAUAAGCAGAUAAGCGGCUUAGCGACUUAGAAAAAGAGGGGGAAAAGGGAAAAAAACCCCCAGGAACUCGCAAGACAGUUUCGUCUUGCGAAGCAAGCCCAUAGCAGAUUCGUUUUGCGAGGCACCUCCAAAACGGAAAACUCUUUCGUCUAGCGAGUUUUCCGUCUUGCGAGGCAUUCGUCUUGCGGGGCACCACUGUAGAUGCUUAUGCAAAACACAGUGACCAGAGACUUUCAUUUGCUUCCAUGCCUUAUGCUUGGCAAUACAUUAAGUACUGUGCAUUAAUCAUAUCAAGUGAUGAUUUCCCCCUAAUUCCUUUGCAAUCAUUUGUGUGCCCGUCUUCAUCCUCAUGCAAUUGCAUGAAGCUACUGUGGUUCAAACGAUGAUUCUUUGCUUUUACAAAUUGUUUGCAGAACCAGUUUACCAUGUGGUCAUUCAAAAAUAUAGUAAGGCAACUUUGUAAAGAUACAACUAACCUUCAAAAACCAUCUGCAGGUUUCUUUUUCUCUGGUGAAUAAGAGAUUUGUCCCAGUAGGGUGCAUACUCAGGUGUUACGCUUAGUAGAUCCUGUGGGAAUGCUUGAGGACAGAACAGUAGAGACAUUGACAUUUAAGGCUAGAAUGGAAAGUUUAAACAUAAUUAUUUGUUUAGGUUGCCUAAUGUAAGUUAUGUAAUUGCAUGUAGGUAUAAUGUUUGGAAAACUACUAGUUGUGUUACUCAAAGCAUUCAUUAUUCUCUCUGCCCAGUACAGUGCUUUGAAAUUAAAGAUCUCUAUAGAGAAGACAUUAAGUCUCCUUCACCCAAAAUAUAAUGUUGCUGGGCAAAGGACCUUUUUAACUGCAUGUACUGGAAUGUUGUAACUUCUAGGGAAACAUCUCCAUUAGUAUCAAAAAUAAUUAUGUGUUAGUGCAAAAGUUCAGGGGAUGCACACCUGAUUUGACUUUGUGUCUGGUCUGGAAUACUUUGUUGUGUCUGUUGUAUGUUAUUUCAACAAGCUGUGGGUUUUUAAAAUAAAAAAUAUGCCUCUUGUCCUGUCUGAAAUAAUGGACCUUUUCCCAACCCCCCUGUAUGCCUUUUCCUUACCAUAAUUCAUGGUAAGGGUGGUAUUGUGGGCAGUGCCUUCUGGGGAAGGGCGCUGCAAAUUAUUUUUCUAGCAUUUCCUCCCCCUUGCUCCUGCUCUCAAGUUAGGGAGUGUGUGCCAGGGAGAGGGGACCAUUGGAAAAGAGAGUUGUUAGAAGGACUGGAUUCAAGUUCCACUUGCGUUAUUAAUUCACUGUGUGGGCAAGUCGCUCUCUCUGAGUUUCAAUUCCCCACAAACAAAAUCAUGUCCUCAUUGUGAUGUUGCGAGGGCUAAGUACAAUAAAGGCUGUGAGGUUCUUUGUAAAAAUAAAAGUUCCAUGUAUAUGUUAAAAAAGAAAGGAAAAAGGUAAAGGACCCCUGGACGGUUAAGUUAUAAAAAGCAAUGCCCUAGCUCAAUACUUUCUACAGUACUUACACUGACAGCGACAUCACAAUGUCUUCAGAAAAGGCCUUUCUCAGCUUGCCUCCUUUAGAUUAUUUGAGCCAGGGAUGCCACAAAUAGGGUUGCUAAGCUUCUCCUGCUUCUCCUCCUCUUUGUGCUUUGGCAAAAGGUAAAGGUAAAGGACCCCUGGACAGUUAAGUGCAGUUGAAAUUGACUAUGGGGUGUGGCACUCAUCUCUGCUUUCAGGCCAAGAAAGCUGGUGUUUGUCCAUAGAUAGCUUUCCAGGUCACGUGGCCAGCAGGACUAAACCUCUUCUGGCACAACAGGACACCGUGACGGAAACCAGAGCGCACAGAAAUGCCGUUUACCUUCCUGCCGCAGCAGUACCUAUUUAUCUACAGUGGUACCUCGGGUUAAGUACCUAAUUCGUUCUGGAGGUCCGUUCUUAACCUGAAACUGUUCUUAACCUGAAGCACCACUUUAGCUAAUGGGACCUCCUGCCGCCGCUGCGCCGCCAGAGCACGAUUUCUGUUCUCAUCCUGAAGCAAAGUUCUUAACCUGAAGCACUAUUUCUGGGUUAGUGGAGUCUGUAACCUGAAGUGUAUGUAACCCGAGGUACCACUGUACUCGCAUUGGCAUGCUUUCGAACUGCUAGGUUGGCAGGAGCUGGGACGGAGCGACAGGAGCUCACCUUCUCAUGGGGAUUCAAAUCGACGACCUUCUGACUGGCAAGCCCAAGAGGCUCAGUGGUUUAGACCACAGCACCACCCGUGUCCUGAAUAAACAAGCACACAAUCACUGAUAGGUCCACCCACCAUUGUGAGGCUCAAAGCAAUGAAGAUGAUGCCUCUCCAGCUGUUGCCAUUGGCUGUGGGUUUCUCGUGAUGUCACAAAAGCACUUGGCAACUGAGUGGAUAUAAAGGCAGGCCAAGGGGAAAGCCCUUUUCUAUUUCUAGCAGGACACACCUGGCAAUGGAUGUGACAUUCAGCACUGCCCAGGUUUCUUCCACUUGGAGGAGGCAAAGUGGUGAAUGGAAGGAGGCAAUCCUCUGGCAGUGGGAUGCUAGGGAGCGAUAAUAAGGCAAGUUUGCUUAUGAUGCACCUAACAGUAGCUUCUGGUGCAAUGGAACACCAUGAUGGAAACCAGAGCGCAUGGAAACACAGUUUCCCUUUCCGUUGCAGAGGUAUCUAUUUAUCUACUUGCACUGAUGUGCUUUCGAACUGCUGGGUUGGCAGGAGCUGGGACAGAGCAACGGGAGCUCACCCCAUCACGCGGAUUUGAACUGCCUACCUUCCAACUGGCAAGCCCAAGAGGCUCAGUGUUUUAGACCACAGCGCCAUCCGCAUCCCUUUACCUUUGCCAUGUAUAUGAUAAAUUCCACAGAGGUGAUGGCAAUAAGUAGCUUGUAGCUUGCUAGGCCCAUUGCUCAGGUUCUAUGGCUCCCAGUAAGUCCAUGUAGGUAAGUGGGAGAGGGUGUUUUUUGGGUUUGUUUGUUUUUUGGAACAUUACUAGCUUAUUUUUCAAAUUUCAAAUUUUCAUUUAUUGUGCCCAUGGGUCUAGAGCAGGGGUGGCUUUUUUUGGCCCAGCCACAUUGAGGGUUGGUCAGCCCUCUGAGGACUGCAUGCCAUCAUUUGUGCAUGCAUGUCAUACAUGUGCAAACUGACACAGCACAUGCACACAGUGGAGGGAACAGAGAGACUCGGUAGCAUGCAUAAACACUCACUCUCAGCAAGCACGCUAUCUCCCCCUACCCCAACAGUGCCAUGCAGAGGAACAGCACAGCAGAUUUGCUCUCUAGGGUACAUUAUCAUCAUUAAUUGAAUUUAUUUACUGCCCUAUACGUGCAGGUCUCAAGGUGGUUUACAGAAUAAAAUCAAAUUAUAAAACCACAAAAUAAUAAUAAUAAUAAUAAUAAUAAUAGUAAUAAUAAUAAUUUAUUAUUUAUACCCCGCCCAUCUGGCUGGGCUUCCCCAGCCACUCUCGGUGGCUUCCAUAAAAAUAUUAAAAUACUGUAAAACAUUUAAAGCUUCCCUAAACAGGGCUGCCUUCAGAUAUCUUCUAAAAGUCUGGUAGUUGUUGUUCUCUUUGACUUCUGGUGGGAGGGCGUUCAACAGGGAGGGUGCCACUACCGAGAAGGCCCUCUGCCUGGUUCCCUGCAACGUAGCUUCUCGCAGUGAGGGAACCGCCAGAAGGCCCUCAGUGCUGGACCUCAGUGUCCGAGUAGAACGAUGGGGGUGGAGAUGCUCCUUUAGAUAUACUGGACCGAGGCUGUAAUCCAAAUAAUAACAAAAAUCCAUAAUCAAAAUAAUAACAACAACCCAAUAACCCACUCCCCCCAAAACCCCACAUUUUAAAAGGGCAUAGGAUGUCAAUCAGAUCAGCCAAAGACCUGGUUAAAAAGGAACGUUUUUGCUUGGUGCCUAAAGGUGUAUAAUGAAGGUGCCAGGUGAACCUUCCAGGGGAGAGAAUUCCACAGACAGGGAGCCACUGCAGAGAAGGCCCUGUUCUCAUGUUGCCACCCUCUGGACCUCUCGAGGAGGAGGCACAUGAAGAAGGGCCUCAGAAGAUGAUCUCAGCUGCCGUGUGGAGGGAAAAAACAGCUCCAGUUGGCAGUCAUUGAUGGCUGCCAAAAAGAUACGGUGGCUUGCAAUUGUCUUUGAGAGCAGGUGCUUUGACUGCUCUCAGUAAUAAUUGUGACUCUCUUUAGAAGUCAACCACAGAAAUUCACGUGGAAGCAAAUACACAGUUUUCUUGUGAACAUGGGUCACAAGAAGCAGUUUUGGGGUGCAGUUUGGACAGUAAAAUAUCAAAGGACCAGAGCAGACACAGCAGACAGCUCUGAAACUACCGUAUUUUUCGCUCUAUAAGACGCACCAGACCAUAAGACGCACAUAGUUUUUGGAGGAGGAAAACAAGGAAAAAAAUAUUCUGAAUCUCAGAAGCCAGAACAACAAGAGGGAUAGCUGCACAGCGAAAGCAGUGAUCCCUCUUGUUGUUCUGGCCUCUGGGGUAGCUGCGCAGCCUGCAUUCGCUCCAUAAAACGCACAAACAUUUCCCCUUACUUUUUAGGAGGGAAAAAGUGAGUCUUAUAGAGCAAAAAAAUACGGUAUAUGGUCAGUGCUAAAAUGAAUCAAGUCUCUCUAGCAGGAAGCUCCAAGCAUUUAAACCUGUUGCUCAAGAUUUGGAACAUGGCCUAUCUCAUAAUAGCCAAAAUUGCAGUGCUCAGCAAGCAUGCGGUCAUUUCUAUUCCUGAACCAGCUUCUGGGGAGAAGCAGUGAGACCUACAGUGACAGUCACAAAGUUAUCUAUGCAUUAAAAAUGCAGCUGUGUUUACAACUGUCUGAUUACCUAGGUAGAGGGCUAAAUUGCAAGCCAAUUACAAUAAGAAAUACAAAGUGUUAUAAAUUGCAUUUGGAUAGCAUAGCUCUUCAGUGUCUCAGAUAUGGACUAGGUUUGUGGGUAUGUUUUAAAAAUCUCAUUUUAUACAAUAAGGCACUUAAUUUUGUGAUUGCAAAGCAGCUGCAGCUUUUCUCAUUGAUAAGAAAAGUGUUAGUUUGUGAAUGCCACUUCAUAUUUACUUCAGCAAUGUAUCUCAUACCGGAUGUAUCUGAAUUUUGUGUGUAUGUGUGAAACUUAAACGUAGCACCUGGAAGAUAUUGGUUGUACUCUUUUAGUUGCAAUGUGAAUUAACUGAGUUUCAUUCAUGCCAUAGGGAGAGGCAUAACUUUUAAGGGACUUCUAUAAUUCUCACUCCUGCCUGUUUUCAUAACGCUCAGAGCUAGUCAGAAUAGUUAUCUCAGCCCGUGGAAUUUGUGGAAGUCACUUUCAUUUAGAUAAUGUGCUGUUCGGUUUUUUAUUUAAUUUGGCACUUCUUGUCAAAGCACUUCUGAGCCCGAGUCCAUGUGGGACACUCAAGUUUAAUAGCACUUCUCAUAAUAGAGGUUCUGGCAAAGUUUAGUUUAAAACCUGCACUUCAUCAUUUGCAAAUUAUGCUUACACUGACUUUGGAAAGCAAAGAUCAGCUUCAUGCAUUUUUGUAUCCACAAGCAUAGUUCUGCAUUAUGAGGACUCCUUGGGGGACGUCACUGUGUUUGUCUUUAGGUGCCACAGGCCUCGCGUAUGCUCACCUCAAUUGACCUCUCAUCUAUUCCCCCCUACUCCAAAAAUAAAAAUAAAAAUUGAACAAUGUGACAGAUUAGAUAUACCUAGCCAGUACUCGUGUAUGGCAAGCAAUGUAAGUUUUAUCGAGGCUUCUCUUUGAGAUUGGAAAGUGUCUUCGAGAAAAACAAGCAUCUUUCCCUAUGAGGCAGGGCUUCCCAAACUUGGGUCUCCAGCUGCUCCUUUGGACUACAAUUCCCAUCAAUCCUAGCCACUGGUCUUGCUAGCUAGGAAUGAUGGGAGUCGUAGUCCAAAAACAACUGGAGACCCAAGUUUGGGAAGCACUGUUUCUGAGGCAAUCCACAGGGUGAAUUGGGGGAGCCAGCUGUGGAGAUAGCGACUGCUUGUGUGGGCUGUGCUGAAAUUGUUGACAUCUCUUGGUAGUGGUGGCGCUGUGGUCUAAACCACUGAGCCUCUUGGGCUUGCCGAUCAGAAGGUUGGCGGUUUGAAUCCCCACGACAGAGUGAGCUCCCGUUGCUCUGUCCCAGCUCCUGCCAACCUAGCAGUUCGAAAGCAUACCAGUGCAUGUAGAUAAACAGAUACCACUGUAGUGGGAAGUUAAACAGUGUUUCCAUGUGCUCUGGUUUCUGUCACGGUGUCCCAUUGUGCCAGAAGUGGUUCAGUCAUGCUGGCCACAUAACUCGGAAAGCUGUCUGUGGACAAAUGCUGGCUCCCUCAGCCUGAAAGCGAGAUGAGCGUUGCAACCCCAUAGUCGCCUUUGAGAGGACUUAACUUUCCAGGGGUCCUUUACCUUUACAUUUUUACCAGUGUUGAAGGAAGAGUUGUCUUAGUAAUAGCUAUGUAGUGGCUUGAAAAAUGCAUAUUAUGCUGUUUGGAAGUAUGUGUCAUUGCUGUUGAACAGUUCUGUUUGCAAAACAGGUUCUGUUUACAUUCCUUAAGCCCUCCAGGUGACUUAGCCUACAACUCCCAUCAGCUUCAGCUAGCAUGGCCAAUGGCCAAAGAUGAUGAGAGUUAUAGUCCAACAGCGACUGGUGGGUACUAUGCCUAAUACUCCUGCUUUAUUUGUAAGUAGGUGAAUCUGCAAAGAAUUGCAGUUCUUUCUUUCUUUCUUUCUUUCUUUCUUUCUUUCUUUCUUUCUUUUCAAGGAGAGGAAAAUAUGAAGAGAAUCACUCAUUCGGUCUAACCAAACAUAGGGAUGCCUUUAUCAAUGUGGAGUUCUUGGAAGGAGUACGUGAUAAAGUAUAAAUGCAGUUUAAACACUUCAAACAGCGAAAUAAAAGUCGGCUGAAGUGCAGAGAUUGCCUGAGAAUUGCUAUUAAAAAAUUGUAUAUCUGCAGUCAGAAACCGGUUAACUGGAGUGUUAAUAAAAGAGAUGAGCUACAUUGCUCAUUACAGAUGAAGCAGAGUUCAUGGAUUACAGCAAAUGUAGGUUAGGUAAGUGUUUAGUUUAAUUAGAGAAAAAAUGUUUUAAGGCAGAGAAAUCAGAAGUUAAUGGGGGGGGGAUGGAGUUCUAGGUAUUGCAAGGUAUGAGGGAGUCCUCCCUAGGAAUGUUUUGGGGGUUGUUAGAGUAUGUGCGAGAUAACAUAAUCUUGACAUAGUGUGAAUGAUAAAAACAAAUGCAUACUUUGUGUUCAAUGGCUGUAAAUGAGAGUGGUGGAUUUACCAAGGAUCAGUUAUCUCUCUUGUUAAUUAACUGCCAUCUUUGGAAACAAAACAAAACAAAAAAAUCACCUCCCUCCCCUCACAACAUUUACACACCAUUUGACUGUCAUAAAGCGCCAAAGCAGUUCACAAAAGGAGCAAAACAAUCAAAUUAUUGGUAAAGAACAGUUGAAACAACUAUUAUGAAACAUUAAAUGAUAAUACAAUUAUUUAUAAUUGAAGAAUUACCAUACAUCAUCGGAGAAGACUUGUUCCUGUGUCUGAAAUAAAGCUUCAUUUUUGCAGAACCACAAGCCUUAUUCUACCAUUGUUAGUAUCCAUCCAAGUUUGUCUUUAAUUCUGACAUUUUCAGAAUUACUCAUACCACUGUUUGAAAAACUUCCUUAAUCACACAUACUUGGAUGAAAACACCCAUUUGUCCUUGCAUACAGUUCAUCUCCUUUAACAAAUAGACCCCUUUGUUAAAAGAUACAGCCCAUUUAUCUCAGCUCUAGCUGAGCUAAUAUAGCUGUUAUUUCUUCCCGGAGAAUAAAUUUCAUAGGAAACAGCUAUGGGUGGGCUUAUCUCAUGCAACCAGGUUGUUGUCCCUAGAAAGGUGGUGACAGUGGGAACCUUUGUAAGGUCCCGAUUCAUUAAACACUCUGCAGUCGACUUGUUGAGGUAUGAGACUGCUUUGCUAACAUUUGAAAUGUUUGCCAAGACUUUUUAAAGGACAUGUAAAAUUUCAAAGCUUUUGUGGUGUCAGCUUUGAAUAAUAGGACACUCUACUAAGUCAAGGCUCUCACUUGCCCCACAUAUGUGGGGAAUGCUUGCCCCAACUACGCCACUCCAGUUUGAACAUGUACAGAAUCUGUGAUAGGAAUUGAGCAGAGAGCCUUGUUUUGAGAAGAAGUGCUCAGUUUUUCAGAGAAGAAGAAUAAGAAGAAGAGUUUGGAUUUGAUAUCCCACUUUAUCACUACCCAAAGGAGUCUCAAAGUGGCUAACAUUCUCCUUUCCCUUCCUCCCCCACAACAAACACUCUGUGAGGUGAGUGAGGCUGAAAGACUUCAGAGAAGGGUGACUAGCCCAAGGUCACCCAGCAGCUGUAUGUGGAGGAGCGGGGAAUCAAACCCAGUUCCCCAGAUUACGAGUCUACCGCUCUUAACCACUACACCACACUCCUACUCAUGAAUGAUAGGAUAUGGCAGCACCUAACACUAAAGCUUUUCCCCACAAGCCUUGAUAAACUGUCUUUUAUGAAUUGCUGCAUGUGGGCAGGAUCAGGCCAAGAGUAUCUACCAGCUGUGAGUUGCUGCACUGCAUAAACCAAGAGGGUCACUCAGGAUUUCCUUUAGUGUUGUAGGGGAUGCUGAGAUGAAAAUCUCUCAUCAUGCUCACUUACCCACAAUGCAUCAUUUCUGACUCUGCAUCCUUUGUGACAUUAAUCAGGACCUGUAGGUGGACCUCUCUGGCUGCGCGCUCCUUCACUCAUGUCCUAAAAGUUGCUGUCUUAAAGCAACUAGGUUCCAUGCGCAGUUGGGCCAGCACUGGAUAAGGAAGAAGGAUCCACUCUGUCUAUGUUCAGUGGUGCUGGGUUGGGUCCUGGCUAAGUUAGUUGUGAAUGGUUCCUAUCAAAAUCACCAGGCCGUAAAUUAAGCCUGUUGAAGGAAAGUGAUAAAUUGGUUAAUUCUCCAUGAGUCAGCAGAGACGACUCAUUUCCCACAAGGCAGCUGCAGACGUCUUGUAACUGCCUUAUCGGUAUUGCUGGGCAGAAUUGGCGCAUGAGGCUAGGUAGAUAAGGCGCUCAGGCUAUGGCAUUUAUUGUGGUAGGACAUUGGGAGAAUCUGUGUGAGACUGUGUGGAAGAGAAAAAGGAAGAGGAAGAAUUGGGAUUCUGGACAAGACCGAAAGUUGCAAGAUUUUGAAAGCAGCUGAAUUUAGGUCCAGUCGUGGCCGACUCUGGAGUUGCGGCGCUCAUCUCGCUUUAUUGGCCGAGGGAGCCGACGUACAGCUUCCGAGUCAUGUGGCCAGCAUGACUAAGCCGCUUCUGGCAAACCAGAGCAGUGCACGGAAAUGCCGUUUACCUUCCCGCCAGAGUGGUACCUAUUUAUCUACUUGCACUUGACGUGCUUUCGAACUGCUAGGUUGGCAGGAGCAGGGACCGAGCAACCAGAGCUCACCCCAUCGCAGGGAUUCGAACUGCCGACCUUCUGAUCAGCAAGUCCUAGGCUCUGUGGUUUAACCCACAGCACCACCCGCGUCCCCAACUCCCAUGGUACAUACACCCAAACCCAAACUCUCUGCUAUCUAGAUUAUUUAGGCAAAAUAUUUCGUAAGUCACAACCUGCUUCUUUUCAGUCUCAUCAGAUGCACGAGAUGUGUAAGAUGACAGGGAAGGUAUCUUCUGAUUCUGUACAUACACACUAUAGCAUUGGUUGUAGAGCGGUGGGUCAAGACCCACUUGGUCACAGCCUAAUCCAGGCUUCCUCAAACUUGGCCCUCCAGAUGUUUUGAGACUACAGUUCUCAUCAUCCCUGACCACUGGUCCUGCUAGCUAGGGAUCAUGGGAGUUGAAGGCCAAAAACAUCUGGAGGGCUGAGUUUGAGGAAGCCUGGCCUAAUCCAAGGUGGGUCACAACAGGAGCACUAAAAGGUAAAGGUAAAGGGACCCCUGACCAUUAGGUCCAGUCGUGACCGACUCUGGGGUUGCGGCGCUCAUCUCGCUUUAUUGGCCGAGGGAGCUGGCAUACAACUUCCGGGUCAUGUGGCCAGUAUGACUAAGCCACUUCUGACGAACCAGAGCAGCGCACGGAAAUGCCGUUUAGCUUCCCACCGGAGUGGUACCUAUUUAUCUACUUGCACUUUGACAUGCUUUUGAACUGCUAGGUUGGCAGGAGCAGGGACCGAGCAACAGGAGCUCACCCUGUUGUGGGGAUUCGAACCGCCGAUCUUCUGAUCAGCAAGUCCUAGGCUCUGUGGUUUAACCCACAGUGCCACCCGCGUCCAACAGGAGCACUACUUUGAUACAAAUAAUUUAGGUAAAUUAGAACUUGUCAGCCUGCUUAGAACUUGUCAGCCUGUCUUUUAGGAUGUUCUCUUCAAGUAGCAAACUGUGUUUCCUGAACUUAAAUACUGAAAUCACUGACAGAGCUGCUCAUAUGGGUAGUUUUGCAGAGAUUACAGUGUGUCAGUGCAAAGUUCCUAUUUCCAGUUCUCUAAAUCACUUUCUGCUGGUGCAGCAUACCACAAACUGGCAAAUUGUUGCAACCCUAAGGGAAUCUGUGACUUCCCACAUAGUUUCUACCACCUCUGGAGCAUAACACCCUUGCUGACAUAUUAAAUGGUGCAUUUAUUGCAUAUUUAUAAAGUAGUGUUUAUUUUACGUGUUUAUAAUCUGGAUCUUAGUGUUUAUCCUUCAUUAUACACACCAACAUUUUUUGGGGUGGGGCUUAGGGGUGACUUGAGUGAAAUGUUGUAAACAGUUAUCAUUGCCAAUACAGAUGCAGCUCCACUGAGCUUAGGAACUAUGUUGCUUCUGGAAGUUUAAGCUGCUUUCACUUUUGAAGGAACAAGGAAAUACUGCAGUUAGGAAGAUAAGGAAGGACCAUUACCCAAAGAGUCCUUUUUGUGGCAAGGGCACAAGAGCUGGGGGUUCAAGAGUUAACCACAGGAUUAAGCAAGUUGUUUAAUUGCAGAAAGAACAAAGGUCAAGCUACAUGCCAUUUUUAAUGUGUUGUGCAUUUGCAGGUGUGUGUUUGAAAAGCAUCACAGGGGACUCCUGGAGUCAGACAGUGGUUGAGCAUCUGUUUUGUAUGCAAAAAUAAAAAUAAAAAUGCCUGGUUCAGUCUCUAGCAUCUUCAAGUAGGUCUGGUAAAAGAUUCCUGCCUGAAACCCUGGAGAGCUGAUGCCUGUUCGUGUAAACAAUAAUGAGCUAGAUCAGGGGUCAGCAAACUUUUUCAGCAGGGGGCCGGUCCACUGUCCCUCAGACCUUGGGGGGACGGCACUAUAUUUUGGAAAAAACCAAAAGAACAAAUUCCUAUGCCCCACAAAUAACCCAGAGAUGCAUUUUAAAUAAAAGCACACAUUCUACUCAUGUAAAAACAUGCUGAUUCCCGGACCAUCGGUGUGAGGGAUUUAGAAGGCAAUUGGGCCAGAUCCAGCCCCUGGGCCUUAGUUUGCCUACCCAUGAGCUAGAUGGUAAAGGUAAAGGUAAAGGAUCCCUGAGUGGUAAAGUCGAGCCAAAGGUGGCUAUGGGGUUGCUGUGCUCAUCUUGCUUUCAGGCCGAGGGAGCCGGCGUUUGUCCGCAGACAGGUUUCCCGGACAUGUGGCCAGCAUGACUAAACUGCUUCUGGCACAACGGAACACCAUGAUGGAAAUCAGAGUGCACGGAAAUGCUGUUUACCUUCCUGCUGCAGCGGUACCUAUUUAUCUACUUGCACUGGAGUGCUUCCGAACUGCUAGGUUGGCAGGAGCUGGGACAGAGCAACGGGAGCUCACCCCGUCACAGGGAUUUGAACUGCCGACCUUCUGAUCGGCAAGCCCAAGAGGCUCAAUGGUUUAGAUCACAGUGCCACCCGCCUCCCAUGUCCUAGAUGGACCAAUGGUAUGACUAUGGUUGGACUAGAUUACCCUCAGAGUCCCUUCCAACUCUAAAAUUCUAUGACUUAGGCAAGAGUAGGCCACUUUCCUAUAUUCCUAUGAUUGGGAGUGCUAUGAUUGGUGGAGGAGGCAUCCUGAAACUCCUCCCCUCCUACACUGUGGUCCUGAUCAAUAUUCCCAUUUCCCUAAACCACUGUUUGUGCUCAGAAGAAAGCUGCCAGCAGUUCAAGGUUCCCCCUCUCCCCCUGCCCAGCUUUAAUCCUCACAUUCCUGUGCGGCAAAUUAGAUUGAAAGUUACCCACAGAGUUUCGCAGCGAAGCGGGGUUUCUCCUUGGUCUCUUAAGACCAUUCACAAUCCACUAUGUCAUGCUGGCUCCAGGACUGAGCUAGGCAGCUGACUUGAGUAUAUUUUGCUGAUAUGUCAAAUAUAAGUACUUGGACUUGCUGUAAAGUAACAUAGAGGAACUUUACUUCCAAGUAAUGCUGUUUCAGUGAAGAUGGCAACCUUAUCACAACAAUUCCUUCCCGUUUUUAGUAUCAUUUUUAUUAUGUUUUUCUGUUAUACCUUGUAGAAUAUUAAACAACCUUAAAAUAUCAAGGACUUCCCUUCUUCUCUUUCUAUGGUUCAUUUUGUAUAACAUAAAUCCCUGCAUAUUUUACAUAAACUAAACCAUUCAGUAUUCCAUAAUAAUACUAAUACUACUAAUAAUAAUAAAUUUUAUUUAUAUCCCGCCCUCCCCAGCCGAAGUCGGGCUCAGGGCGGCUAACAACAAUAAAAUAGUACAACAUUCUAAAAUCAUUUCAUUAUAAAAUUAAUUCAACUCAAAUUGAUGGCAAAUUACUACAUCCAUCAAAACUUAUUUACACUGUUGAAUUUAUCUUAGUGCUGCCAACGUUUCCGAGUGUACACAAUCCGCCCCCCAUAUUUUCAAUAAGCAUUUUUUCAAUCUUCUUUAAACCUAUGUUCUUCUUGUUCUCUUAUUCUAUAUGUUAAGUCUGCAAUCUGCACAUAUUCCAUCAGUUUAAGUUGCCAUUCUUCUUUAAUAUAACAACAUCCUAGGUCUCCUACUCAUAUUCUCUCACAGAGAGUCACUUUUGUCAAUAACAGACAAUGUGAAAACCCAUCUCUUUACCACUCCUUUAAAGAACUGUGAUUGGAUUAAAAGAAGGUAGUUAAAUUAAUCUAGACUGAGAAAAGCUUAGCCACUUUAUCUUAAUCCCUUUCAGGGUGGUUAGAGUGACAAAGGGGUAGACUGAGAACUGCAGCCAGAAAGGUAUCUACUCCUGUGACUUUCAGUUUAUCAGGCAAGAUGUGAGUGGAAUCAGGGUCACUGUGCGCAAAAGUAAAGGUGCAGAUACCAGUAUUUUCACUACUGUGAGUACUAAAGCUUCCUGGAAUGGAAUGGUCGGAAUGAAACUGAAACAGGGCUGUCAGGAAAGUAGGCAUCUGAUUAACAUAAUCCACUUUGAGUGGUCUCAAAUAUGCACUCCAAGGGCGCUGCCAAAUGGCUCCCUCCUGCUGCGAUGGAGGGAUGUUUGCUACCAUCCAGCCUCAGGCUUCCCAGAAGACUUUUUAUGUUUUGUGUUGCUAAGUGCUGUGCUGCAUCUGCAACAGGCAGGAAUCUCUUCCCCAAAUGGGAUGGAAUAGAAGGCCUUCUACAUGGGCUCAUAGGGACGCAGGUGGCGCUGUAGGUUAAACAGAUCAGAAGGUCGGCGGAUCGAAUCCCCGCGACGGGGUGAGCUCCCGUUGCUCGGUCCCUGCUCCUGCCAACCUAGCAUUUCAAAAGCACGAAGUACAAGUAGAUAAAUAGGUACCACUCCAGCAGGAAGGUAAACGGUGUUUCCGUGCGCUGCUCUGGUUCGCCAGAAGUGUCUUAGUCAUGCUGGCCACAUGACCCGGAAGCUGUAUGCCGGCUUCCUCGGCCAAUAAAGCGAAAUGAGUGUCACAACCCCAGAGUCGGCCACAACUGGACCUAAUGGUCAGGGGUCCCUUUACCUUUCCUUUUACGUGGGCUCAUGCAGACCUGGCAAUGGGAAAGAGCAGUCUGUGCUGCUUAUUUUGGUUAUUGUUUUUAAUUUCCAUUUGCAGGAGGGUUUUUUUCUCCUUCAAAUUACACACCCACCCACACAAAUAAGUGACAGGUGUCAUUUGCGGAUAUUGUUGUGUAUUCAGUAGCUUUGACUUUAUUUGUUAGGUAAUAUUCUUCACCAGAGCAUCCCAAAGUGGGUUAUGCAAUAGUAAAACAAGGCCAUGCAUAAAGUCAAAAUGGCUAUAAAAUUGCCAUUUGUCACAAGCAAUGUGAAAUCACUAACAUGCAGGGUGAACAACUAAUCAAACAUUGUCCAUGAUUUGCGUAAGAAGGUACUCAAGGUGCCAAUCCGCUAGCCACUGACGGAUGAUUAUCACCUCUGCUCAGAAAUUGCUCAUAAUCCACUAAACCGUUAGCAAUAACAUAGUGUUCAAUGUGUGUGUGUGUGUUCUACAGUUUUCAUGAAUAGAACUGACAUAAGGGGGGGGUUGCUCCACAGUAGGUUUAUGCAAGAUUCUGUGGCCUGGUUACUCUGAUGCUGGACACAUCCUAGAAUAUCUUCAGCCUGUGAGUAAGAGAUUCCCUCCCCCUCUUCUUUUUACCUUUCUCCUCCUGUGAUGGAACUCCUACUUGGGGACUUCCCUGGCUUUUUUCUGGCCCAUGUAGGACCAGUCUGGAAAGUUAGCCUUGGUGAAGACUUGACGUUUUCAUCCCCCCCCCCAAAGUUUUUGAUUUGAGUUUCCAUUGAAAUGAGGCUGUAUUUUAAUGUUUUAAUGUUGUAUUUUAAUCUUGUUUUUAAGUUGUAUUUCAAUCAAUUUGUUUUUAUAUCGGGUGUUAGGCUCCCUGAGCCCUGUCUUGGCUGGGGAGGGCGGGGUAUAAAUAGAAUUUAUUAUUAUUAUUAUUAUUAGCUGUAGGCAAGGUUUGUUCUUCACCAUGCGUCCCAGUUUAGCCAAACCUUUGCUUAGCUCAGGGUAGAAACAAAAAGGAUUGGGGAGGGUCAAAGUGCACGUCUCCAGCAACCCACAUGUAAGCCAUAGUUUCUAUUGUUUGUGUGAUUCCAGGAAGCCACAGAACCAAGCCAUUUGUGUUUCUUGCAUGUUGUAUCAGAACUGGCCAAGGUUCUGUGUUUCAAACACUUUCAGACUAAACUGCUUGGCAUAGGGGGUCUUUCCUCCUUUUGAAUACGUUAUUUUUGGGCGUAAUUGCCAGACAACUGCAAGAACCAAAUAACCAAAGACUGUUUUUAACAAUGCACUACUUAAUAAUUUUGUGUGUGUGUUGAUUUUCUUAGGCCCGUUGAGUAACUGCUCUCUUUGAACAACUGUAGAGUGAUUCUAAUUAGGGAUGAAAACUAGAUGUUCAUAUGCAUCUCUGUAGUCUGUUUUGAUUUCCCCCUUGUACGUGCUCACAAAGAGUCAAAGCAGCUAUGAAUACAUUACGUCUCCUUAUUUCUGCAUGCUACAGAUGUCAACCUAAAGGGCAAUGUUUCUGAAAUGAGCACAUUUUCUCCUGCGCCAGCUGUAGCCUUGGAGACUCUGGACAACCUUUAUUUGCCAUCAAGCUCAGUAAUGCACUGAUAUUUUUAAUUUUUUUUUAAAAAAAUUUCAAAUUAUUGUGCAUGUUACAUAUAUGCACGGUUGUCUUUUCCGUGUAACUGGUGCAAAUUCUGCCUUCCGUUUCAGAUUCAGAAGUUUGUAUGCAUGCAAUUUCUCUUUCCGGAUUUGCUGUUUGCCUGAGAUCUUACCCCUUCAGGGGUUUACCAGUAGUACUAUGCUAUACAGCUGGCUCAGAUUCAGUUUACAUCACAGUAAUCCAACUGUGAGGCUAGCAAUGCAUGCACAAUUCCAGCUGUUAAGCUACCCAAUGCAGGAAUGGUGCAUAGUCUUACCAACCGAAAAUGGUAAAAGGCACGCCUAGCGACUGAGGGGUUCACAAAUUAAGAGAGGCAGGUAGCUGCCUUGGAGGUGUUUGCUGACAUUGACAAUUUGCCAGAAUUAUGUUUAAACACUUAACUCAUAUCUCAUUCUUGUUUUGAUACUGCAUGAUCUUGCUGACCCCCAUCCUGCUGAUAUAGAAAGGUAAAACAAACCCAUACUGACAGUACAUAAUUUAACUGAGUGUACAACACAGCAUGAUUUUUUAAAAAAAUACUGUACUUGUUUACAGCGAAUGUAGUUGUGAGCUACCAGCCUUCAUUUUUAUUUGCAGCAUCUCAUUUGCAUGCCCCUCCCCCUUUCCUUUCUGCUGUCCCUGCCAUUAAAGACCCCGAGGCAUAUCUCCAUAAAUCAAUUUAGUGCUGAGACAAUUUAGUGCUGAGACAAACAUGCAUUAGAGUUGGAAAGGAUCUAGACAGCGUGCAAUUUAGCCCAACUCUCUGCAUGGAAGAUGAUAUGGUCUGUACCUAAAGGCACUCUCAGCAAAUGCCAGUUCAGCCAUGAAAACUUCUGUGGCAGAAACAGAGAGCACCGUAUGUGAAAAUUAGGAUUUUAGUUUUCACUUUUAGUAUUUUUCCCACCAGAAAAAGCUCUCUAUAAAAAGCAAUCUACGUAUAUGUCAUCUGAGCUGGUGACUUCAUGUCUAAAAAACAUAAGAUUUGCUCACAUUUUCUUAGUCUGUACAAUUGAUAGCUAUCGUCACUUGAACAUUAUGUUUUUUCUUUCUUUUUUAUAAUUUUUUAUUGGUUUUACAUAAAUUUUUACACAAUAACUGUAACCAUUCCAAAACAUUAAAAAAAAGGUUCUUUCGAAUCUACAGACCUCCUCCCCUCCCUCCAUGGGUUCCAUUUACAAAGAUUUUAUCUUUUUCUUUUUUUCUGCAUCUUUUACCGUUAUCCAUCUGUUACAUAAUCAUAGUAACCAAAAUUCAUUUCACAUUACAAGUGUCAUUGUCUCCCUGCCAAUGAUUUUGACUGUCUACGGUGGCCUUUUAAGUACGGUAUGUUAAAAAGUUACAGUGGUACCUCGGGUUACAUAUGCUUCAGGUUACAGACUCCGCUAACCCAGAAAUAGUGCUUCAGGUUAAGAACUUUGCUUCAGGAUAAGAACAGAAAUCGUGCUCCGGUGGCGCAGUGGCAGCGGGAGGCCCCAUUAGCUAAAGUGGUGCUUCAGGUUAAGAACAGUUUCAGGUUAAGAACAGACGUCCGGAAUGAAUUAAGUACUUAACCCAAGGUACCACUGUAUUCCAAUCUUUUAGGAAUACUUGAACUUCCUGGUUUCUGAUCUUUCCCAUCUGCCUCACCAUAUUCCAUCAGCUUGGUCUGCCAUUCCUCUCUGGUCCGCACUUCUCCUUCCUUCCAUCUUUGGGCUAGAAGCAUUCUUGCUGCCGUCGUUGAUACAUAAUCAGUCUUUUAUUUUCUUUUGGUAGUUCCUCAGAACGUUAUGUUUUUUCAAACCUAGCCCUGGUGUUUGUUGAUUUUGUCCUAUUCUCUGUGGAUAUAGGAGUAUAGGCAUCCAAUAUCCUUGCUUCUAGUACCCUUUUGAAGUAUUUGAAAAAAUUUGAAAUACAUAUAGUUAAUGAGUGUGAACCGGGAGCCAUAUGGUUUGAAGCUGGAACUUAACCUAGUGAAUUUCUUGGCUCUGAUCAUGCUCAGGAUUUGGUGCCCUCUUAGGGACAGGUCAGAAUAGAGAUGUGAAAGAAUAGCACCUUAUGUUUGGCACGGGUGGUACUGUGGUCUAAACCACCGAGCCUCUUGGACUCCCUUAUCGCUCCCUAGCAUCCUACUGCCAGAGGAUUGCCUCCUUCCAUUCACCACUUUGCCUCCUGCAAGUGGAAGAAACCUGGGCAGUGCUGAAUGUCACAUCCAUUGCCAGGUGUGUCCUGCUGGAAACAGAAAAGGGCUUUCCCCUUGGCCUGCCUGUAUAUCCACUGAGUUGCUAAGUGCUUUUGUGACAUCAUAAUAAACCCACAGCCAAUGGCAACAGCUGAGGAGGCAUCAUCUUCAUUGCUUUGAGCCUCACAAUGGUGGGUGGACCUAUCAGCGAUUGUGUGCUUGUUUAUUCAGGACGCGGAUGGCACUGUGGUCUAAACCACGGAGCCUCUUGGACUUGCCGAUCAGAAGGUCAGUGGUUCAAAUCCCUGUGACGGGGUGAGCUCAUGUUGCUCUGUCCCAGCUCCUGCCAACCUGGCACUUCAAAAGUACACCAGUACAAGUAGAUAAAUAGGUACCACUGCAGCAGGAAGGCAAAUGGCGUUUCCAUGCGCUCUGGCACUCGUCGAGGUCCUCCGUGCACCAGUAGCGGUUUAGUCAUGCUGGCCACAUGACCUGGAAAACUGUCUGUGGACAAAUGCUGUCUCCCUCAGCCUGAAAGUGAGAUGUGUGCCGCAACCCCAUAGUCGCCUUUGACUGAACUUAAUCGUCCAGGGGUCCUUUACCUUUACCUUUUACCUUAUGUUUGGCAGACCUGGUGUGAACAGGAAUGCCCUCCUAAUCUUGCCUGGUCAACAAAGUAGUGCUUUCUGUAUGCCAUUCUGCAUCACCUUAACUUCAGCAACUGAGCAUGACACAAGCUCAGCCCUGUAUUUGGGUAAAGCCAUUGGGACUUCAAUCCUGCGCUGAUGUUUCCAACCACAAUUCCUGCCAUGUCUCUCCUCUUGUAAAUCUACAGCUGUGGUCUUGCUAGUGCUGAUUCAUUAUGCUAGCUUGUUGUUUUUCUGCAGCAUUUCUUCAGAGUAGCCUCUGCAAUGAAGAAGACGAAGAAGAACCAUUUCCAUUUACUAAACAUUGCUGCCUGUACUGGGUGUUUAGAGGUGCAAGAGAGCCUGAUUAUGAAACUGGGCAAUCAGAAAUCUAUCUGUUUGCUUUUAACCCUCCAAAUGGUUAGGCUAAAUAGCAAGAACAGAUGGGGAAGCAAAUUCAUCAUGGUACUGUGCUCAGCAAAGCAUGACAGGGCAUUUAACCUUAAAUAGAUUUGAUCUGGUUUCAUGGCGUUCUUUCAUGAAUUUCUAAACAGCGUUUGAAAUACCUCUCUGGUAAUGAGCCUCUGAAGAGCAGUACAUUGGAGUUAUGAUAUGCAAAUAUCUUUUGUUUCCACAAUAGAAACAGACUUAUUAAUAUUCAUAUAUAAUACAAACUAACUUUGACAAAAGGUGCCGGUGCUUUAUGACCCUCAGUUAAUUGAGUGAAUUAUUUUUGACAGUAAUUAUUUCUUCUGCUGCCCCUACUGGAAUUAGUAGUGUUUAUGGCAUCCAGUCUACCUUUAAUUUAGAAGUAGAAUAAUUUUCUGCUUCUUGCUUUUCUGGCAUUGGAGGAACAAUUCACUAGUUAAUAUGAGGAUGAAGGCCAUUGUUCUUAUCAAAAUUAAAGGGGAAUUGUUCCAUUGGAAAAAUACUUACAUGUUGAAACAAGUUAGAUGUUUGCAAUGGACAAAAUGUCUAGGUUAUUCUAGAUUAGAGCUUUUAUUGUAUCGUAGAACAUGAUCUUCCAUCUAGAAUAUUUUUUUAUUCCUGCAAUAUGCUACAUUUCUGUCAUUUUUGAGUACCAUCUUGGGGGUGGGGACUGCAACCCUUUUUGUAAGCUUCUUUGUAACAACAGGCACCUGUGAUUGGCAAUUAUGUUUGAGUCUUCUUUUAUGAAUACUGCUUGAGCAUUUAUUUCCCCUAGCUUUUAAUGUGGCACACUAAGAUUAAAUUGAAUGUGUAUGGUUUGCUCGAACUUUAAGGAGGUGGUGGCUGAGGAAUUAUGCCCAUGUUUUAAAUUCAAUUAAGACCACUAAGAGUACUACAGUGGUACCUCGGGUUACAUACGCUUCAGGUUACAUACGCUUCAGAUUACAGACUCUGCUAACCCAGAAAUAGUGCUUCAGGUUAAGAACUUUGCUUUAGGAUGAGAACAGAAAUCAUGCUCUGGCGGCAUGGCAGCAGCAGGAGGCCCCAUUAGCUAAAGUGGUGCUUCAGGUUAAGAACAGAUUCAGGUUAAGUACGGACCUCUGGAACGAAUUAAGUACUUAACCCGAGGUGUGAAGUAGACCCUAAUUUCACCUAAGGGUUGAAAUAAAAUUUGCAUGUAAAUGCAUCUUUCAUUAUCUGUGUUCAUGUGUCUAAGUCCAAGAUGCAAAUACAAUAGUGUUUACAAACUCUUAUACGCUGUUGUAAAGCUGGGUUAUACCAUCUCAAAUAUGGUAAGGCUUUGUACUUUGCCACAUAGUUUGACACACAGUGGGACUUCACUUUCACGUAAAUUGGUUCAGUGUAAGGACACACAGUUGUCCAAGGGGCCAGGAAAAAUAACUAACACUAUUAAGGGGUAAGGUUUAAAGCAAAACAAAUUAAGUUUUCAGAGAGUUUAAGAGGUGUGCAUGCAAUUAGAUUUGUUAAUGUAGAAAGUCCAUUUAUUUCAGCUCUGUUUAAUGGUAGUUGUUUGGACAGCUAAUUGAUUUUUUGUAAGGCCCAUUAGAUUGCUAAUAACUUGCAACAUCUGUAACACAAUCCACGGGGAUGUUUAUUUACAACCAUCUUUGCUCAUGUUUUUAGCAGGACUGUUGCACCUACUAAUCAAUCAUUUCUUCAUUAUUUAUAGGGUUCAAUAUUUUACCUUUCGUGCCAAAAGAAAGUGAUAAAAUAAAUGGCCUGCACAGUUACUUACAUUUAGUACCCUAUGCAUAUAUAACAAGGUGCCUUUUAUUUUAUUUUUAAACUGUAAUUCCGUUGAAACAUACUGUAGCACAUUCUUUUUAUAAUUAUUGGAAGCAUGUCAAACUUCGCUGUUAGGUUUCUUCCUACUCUUCCUGCAAGAAGAACUUUGUCAUAGUAUCUUGAUUCCCUUGGGUGUGUCGUAAAUGGUGCUCGUAAUGAAACAGAAAUUUCUCAGAGGUUUUCUGGUCUUGGUGUACUGCUAAAUAAUAUUCAUUGGUCCUUCAGGCACAUCUCUGUGUCACUCUUCUUCCAACCAAAGUUUGUUUUUGUUAUUGACAGAGCCAAAUAUUAAAUACAUAUGUAUCGUAGAAGCACAGAUAAUCCUUAUGCUGAUAGCUGUCCUGAAAACCAAUGAUGAUUUAAUAAUAAUAAUAAUAAUAAUAAUAAUAAUAAUUUAUUAUUUAUACCCCGUGCAUCUCACUGAGCUUCCCCAGCCACUCUGGGCGGCUUUCAACAGAAAUAUUAAAAUACAGUAAUCCAUCACAGUGGAUGUAGCCUACCUUGAUUUCAGCAAGGCAUUUGACAAGGUGCCCCAUGAUAUUCUUGUAAAGAAGCUGGUAAAAUGCGGUCUUGACUAUGCUACCACUCAGUGGAUUUGUAACUGGCUGACUGACCGAACCCAAAGGGUGCUCAUCAAUGGUUCCUCUUCAUCCUGGAGAAGAGUGACUAGUGGGGUGCCACAGGGUUCUGUCUUGGGCCCGGUCUUAUUCAACAUCUUUAUCAACGACUUGGAUGAUGGACUCAAGGGCAUCCUGAUCAAAUUUGCAGAUGACACCAAACUGGGAGGGGUGGCUAACACCCCAGAGGACAGGAUCGCACUUCAAAACGACCUUGACAGAUUAGAGAACUGGGCCAAAACAAACAAGAUGAAUUUUAACAGGGAGAAAUGUAAAGUAUUGCACUUGGGCAAAAAAAUGAGAGGCAUAAAUACAAGAUGGGGGACACCUGGCUUGAGAGCAGUACAUGUGAAAAGGAUCUAGGAGUCUUGGUUGACCACAAACUUGACAUGAGCCAACAGUGUGACGCGGCAGCUAAAAACGCCAAUGCAAUUCUGGGCUGCAUCAAUAGGAGUAUAGCAUCUAGAUCAAGGGAAGUAAUAGUGCCACUGUAUUCUGCUCUGGUCAGACCUCACCUGGAGUACUGUGUCCAGUUCUGGGCACCACACUUCAAGAAGGACACUGACAAACUGGAACAUGUCCAGAGGAGGGCAACCAAAAUGGUCAAAGGCCUGGAAACGAUGCCUUAUGAGGAAUGGCUAAGGGAGCUGGGCAUGUUUAGCCUGGAGAAGAGGAGGUUAAGGGGUGAUAUGAUAGCCAUGUUCAAAUAUAUAAAAGCAUGUCACAUAGAGGAGGGAGAAAGGUUGUUUUCUGCUGCUCCAGAGAAGCGGACACGGAGCAAUGGAUCCAAACUACAAGAAAGAAGAUUCCACCUAAACAUUAGGAAGAACUUCCUGACAGUAAGAGCUGUUUGACAGUGGAAUUUGCUGCCAAGGAGUGUGGUGGAGUCUCCUUCUUUGGAGGUCUUUAAGCAGAGGCUUGACAACCAUAUGUCAGGAGUGCUCUGAUGGUGUUUCCUGCUUGGCAGGGGGUUGGACUCGAUGGCCCUUGUGGUCUCUUCCAACUCUAUGAUUCUAUGAUUCUAUGAUUCUAUGAUCAAACAUUAAAAGCUUCCUAAACAGGGCUGCCUUCAGAUGUUUUCUAAAAGUCUGGUAGUUGUUGUUCUCUUUGACAUCUGGUGGGAUUGCUGCUACAGGUCACCUUUGAAAGAAGGCACUGUGGUCCGUGGCCUGUCAUUUGUUGCUGCAGUAUUUAAGUUCAUAUUGUUAGUGCUUCUACAAUGCCAAAUUACAACAUGUUUAAGUGAGCUGAAUUUUAACAGUAGACGUGGUCUUCUUGAACUUGCCAAAAAAGCUCAACAACUUUGGUUUCUGGACUUUCACUUUUUGAAAUAUGGCAACCCUAUUCUUGGAGAAGUUCUUUGUUGAAGUUCUCACUUUAUCCUGGUUUAAAAUGACAGAGAAACUUCCAUCAUCAGUGUUUUUCUCUAAUUAUGAGGUGAGGAAAUUGUCUUCUAAUCUUCUAAGGGUCAUUUCCUUAGUUUCAGUUAGCUUUUAUAAUGACACUUCAGAUAAUAAUAUUUGAAAGGUUUAGAAGUUGUCACACCUAACUGGAUACUUGCUUUGAAUCAACUGUAGCCAAAGGUGACCCUCUUAUUGUCUGUAACGGUUCUGGGUUAAUACAGCUACAAGAUGCAGUCAUUUGUUCCAGUAAAAAAAUAUAGUCCCGUCAAGCAUUUAAGAUUAUAUCAGCACGACAAUGAACCAUUGUAACACGGUACUAAAUGAAUUAAUAUGAGAUCUAUGCUUUCACAGCUGAGUAUUCUACCAAUCUAUGCUGCUUUUCCAUCACCCUGUUUUUCCUACUCUUCUUCUGCCAGCUUUCUCAAAAUUUGCCCCAUGCAGUUGCCUUUGAUACUUGUUACUACAUUUGAAAGUUUACUGGCACUACUGUAGACUAGUUCAAAUGUUCAGUUCCUGGUAGAAAACAUGAUUCUGCUUCCUUUUGAUUGCGUUUUGACACAAGGCAAAAUUUUGCAGGGAAUUCAAUUAAACCAACCAGUACUCUUGUGAAAGUCCAUGAUUUUGUUACCCAGGACUGAAUUCCCAGAUCAUUCCAUUUCAUUGUCUCCUGUUACAUUCCACGAAUGACUUUUUUUGACGCAAUGUUUUCGCACGUAUACCAUUUUGCCAGCUAUUUUGCCUUGUUGGGUGAAGAACACUGCAGUCUUCAGGUCUCCAAAUCCCAAGAUGUGGCUUGAAAAGUUUGUGUGUGUGUGUGUGUGUGUGUGUGUGUGUUUUAAAUAAAAAUAAUAAUUGUAUGCCUAAUUUGAUUAUUUAGAAUAAAACCAUUUUUAAAAAGUUACUGGAUUCCAAAUAAAUGGUCUUGAAGAGCGUUUUGCUUUCUUGGAACAACUUCUGGCAGACACAUGUGACUUGUGAAACUUGGGCCGUAUUCCCUGCAUGACUCUUCAUAUGUAAAUAGUCAUGAUUGAGUGGCUGGGAUUGUUCAAGUGGGAGGGGACAGCAAGCGCUCUAUUCUCUCUGUGUUUGUGCACUGAAAAAAAGAUAAUGAAGGCCUUUGUACCCCCUCCAAAGACCUGCAUUUCAGCAGGAAUUGGCUGUGCAGCUGCAACCCUGGCAACAAGACCUGGCAGAAAAGAAUUAGGGCAGUCUUCCAAAAUGCAAGGCAGAGAGAGAGAGAGAUUUGGAGAUGCAUGAAAUGCCAAGCUUCUGCGAUAAGCAAAGAGAAGCACCUUCCUGAGGCAUAAGGGUAGAUUUUUGUUUUCUUUCUUUGUUUUGAAAGAGCUAAAUAGCAGCUUCCAGACUGCUGCUGUUAUGUGUGUAAUCUACUUAUUAUAUAUGGUGAGCUGGAGCCUCAGAACCUGUAUGACUGCAUGAAGAGGAUUUGCAUGCAUGCGAAACUUUUUAAAACCUAAGCCAGUUUCAGAUCCCCCCUUUCUCACCCUCCAUUUCACUAGGUAGCCUAAAACAUCAAUGUAGAGGGUGUGUGUGUGUGUCAGGGCUGGAUUUAGGUUUGAUGAGGCCCUAAGCUACUGAAGGUAAUGGGGCCCUUUAUAUGUCCAGCUGUCUUUUGUCAACAACAAAUUGCUGCUGUUUUUGUGUGUUGAAUAUAUGCUAUGUGGUAAUUUAUGGACCUAAUAGGUAUCUAAAGCCAUUUGCGCAUGCAGAAUGUAGGCACCCUAUAUAUAGAAAUGAGCAAACCAGUGAUAUUUUAGGGACCAGGCUAGCUUACUUACAUCAUAAAGGUAAAGGGACCCCUGACCAUUAGGUCCAGUCGUGGCCGACUCUGGGGUAGCAGCUCUCAUCUUGCUUUAUUGGCCAAGGAAGCCGGCGUACAGCUUCCGGGUCAUGUGGCCAGCAUGACUAAGCCACUUCUGGCGAACCAGAGCAGCGCACGGAAACACCGUUUACCUUCCCGCCGGAGUGGUACCUAUUUAUCUACUUGCACUUUGACGUGCUUUCAAACUGCUAGGUUGGCCGGAGCAGGGACCGAGCAACAGGAGCUCAUCCCGUCCCGGGGAUUCGAACCGCCGACCUUCUGAUCAGCAAGUCCUAGGUCCUGUGGUUUAACCCACAGCUCCACCUGCGUCCCUUACAUCAUAAGAGCCUACAAAACACAGUUGCUGUAUGUAGGUUUUAUUUUAUUUGUUUUUUAUCUUAUAUGUUGGAAGUGUACAUCCAGGUUUUUUUCCUUUAAUUUUUUGGGGGGUCCCCAAGAGAGUGGGGCCCAAAGCUAUAGCUUGUUCAGCUUAUACGUAAAUCCGGCACUGGUGUGUGUAAGAGAGAGAGAGAGAUGCACUGAUUAAAAAACACAACAACCCUCACUCUUGAUACUUUAAAACCUCAAUGUAAUACUUUUAAUUUCUCUUUCUAUCCCAUCUGUCUGUUGAUGCAACUUUUAGAAGGUUAGGGGUAGAUGGUGUAAACUCUUGCUGGUGAGCAGUACCUAUUGUAGAAUAAUCCUUUGACGGCAUUAACUCAGAAUCUUUCAUUGGGAAUAAGAUAUGUGUGUCUUCAGCCAUGUGAUUUGCUGUUUGCGUAAGCACGGGUUUAAUAAGGAUAACAGUGCUGAUGUGAAUACAAUAGGCUUCAUUAAUUACCCAGCUGUUUAAUGUGAUUCCAUGAGCAGAGUUGCACUACUGGCUUGGCAGGAGAUGGGAGUGCGACUUCCCCCCAAAAGCAAGUCAAGUAGUGAUACCUUGUGCCAAAUGAUCUGAGUCUGAGCAGCACACAGAUAAGAGUUGGGGUGAACUAGCCCCUGAUUGUUCAUGAAAGGGUAGAAUGAAUCUCUGGAGCACAAGAAAAUGACAUUACCCAUCCUAGUGACAAACAGGGAGUUAUGAAUCUGGCUAUGCAUUGCAAAGCAAUGUUGCAAGCAUACUUCACCUCUGUAUAUUAAACUGUGAGGAACUUUCAGAAAUUUGGGUUAAUGCAAAUUACCUUUUUGGUUUCUCUUGUCAUUCCUGGCAAAAUCAAUAGUAAACAUCAGUGGAGGUCUGUCUUUUUCUGAAUAGUAAAAAUAAAAUAAAAAUCCAGUGCAAAGUAGGUUAAGUGCUGGGGGUUUUGUCUGUUGGCCGUAAGAAGUUAGUGGCAAUGAUAAGUACUUUCAGUUCUCUUUACAGGUAGGUAGCCGUGUUUGUUUGCCGUAGUCAAAAAUAAAAAUAAAAAUAAAAUAAAAUAAAAUAAAUUCCUUUCAGUAGCACCUUAGAGACUAACUAAGUGAUAAAAUGCAUGCACACGAAAGCUCAUACCAAUAACUAACUUGGUUGGUCUCUAAGGUGCUACUGGAAGGAAUUAUGAUUAUUUGUUUUGUUUUGUUUUGUUUUGUCAGUCCUCUUGUUCUUCUCCAUACUUUUAAUAGGAAUGCUUUCAUGCAUAUCCACACAGAAGGCAGCAAGGCUGUGGGGAAGGGGCAGAGGACCUGGCUUAGAGGCAGAGCACAUGCUGCAAAGGUCCAAGACUCAAUUCCUGGCAUCUACAGGUAGGACUAGGAAGACAGGCCCUUGCCUGAAAGCUUGUAGGGCAGCUGCCAGUCUGGGUCAACAGUACUAGGGUGGAUGGACCAAGGAUCAGACUCAGUGCAAGAUACCUAUCUUCCUGUGUUCUGUGCAAUCAGAGCAUUUUUGCAAGACCUCAUGGAACUAAUAGGGUUUCCUCUGUUCAGGUAUAGAAAUGGAUUUUAAUGCAAAACUAGGGAGUGCAAAAGCAAUUUAACGCUCCAAGAUGCAAUUGCCAGGCUUAAAUGAUCAUCAUAAUACUGCCGAAAUAUUGGGAAAUUUUGGAACAAGACGGAGAUAGACUGAAAUUGCAGAGUUUUGAAAAACUAAAAAACAAAGUGCGAGACUGGCUUCAUUAUUAUCAAAUAAUGGAGGUAUUUAAAUUGGACAGGAAAAUUGGCUUCCAGGUGGAAAGAUCCAAAUUAGAAACAGAAUUGCUAGAACCCAAUACCAAGAACUUGUCAAGAAUGUAUAACCUGCUGCUGAAAUGGAAUACUCAAGAUGAAACGGUAAAAUCGGCUAUGAUUAAAUGGGCACAGGACGUUGGUCAUAACAUUAUGUUUGCUGACUGGGAACAGUUAUGGACCACAGGUAUGAAAUUUACGGCAUGUAAUGCCUUAAGAGAGAAUAUUAUGAAAAUGAUAUACAGGUGGUACAUAACCCCAGUCAAGCUUGCGAAAAUCUAUCACUUGCCCGAUAACAAAUGUUGGAAAUGUAAAGAAAUUGAAGGUACAUUUUUUCACCUUUGGUGGACGUGCCCAAAGAUUAAGGCUUUCUGGGAAAUGAUAUAUAAUGAAUUAAAAAAGGUAUUUAAGUAUACCUUCCCAAGAAACCAGAGGCCUUUCUCCUGGGCAUAGUAGGCCAAAUGGUGUUAAAAAAGGAUAGAACUUUCUUUAUGUAUGCAACAACAGCAGCAAGAAUACUCAUCGCAAAGUAUUGGAAGACACAAGAACUUCCCACGCUGGAGGAAUGGCAGAUGAAACUUAUGGACUAUAUGGAAUUGGCGGAAAUGACUGGUAGAAUCCGUGACCAGGGAGAAGAGUCGAUGGAGGAAGACUGGAAGAAAUUCAAAGACUAUCUUCAGAAACACUGCAAAAUUAAGGAAUGUUAGAGUGAUGUUGGACUGAAAACAAGUGGUUUCCAGCUGUACAGGUUAAAGUUAAGGAUAGAUUAAGAUUAAAGAUCAAGAUUAAAGAUGUUUAAAGAAAUGGAAAUUUGAUAAUAAAAGGGAAAAAUUUAAAGCUAUAUGACAUUAAGAUCAAGGAUUAGGCUUAAAAAGUUGAAGUUAUAUAUUUUAACGUUUUAUUAAAUUAAAGAUUGAGAUUAAAAAGUGGAAAAGAAACUGCUGGACAAAUAAUGUGGAUUGGAAUACAAAAGAGGGAGGUAUGAGGAAGUCCAGAAAAUAAGUAAUUUAAAAUUGGAAAUGGAAAAGAGAGUUUGUUUUUAAUUGUUAUGUUUUGUGUUUUUAUUGUUAAGUUUUGUAUUGUUUUUUGUGUGUGUUGUUUUUCUUUUUUGUUUGUUUAAAACCUUAAUAAAAAAUUAUUAUAAAAAUAAAUAAAUUAAAUGAUCAUCAUAAUACUGUCUAGAGCCGUGGUUCUCAACGUGGGGCACACAGGGGGGCAAUUCGAGAAUGAGUUAUAAACAGUGAAUGGCCUUUUAGGCCUCCUCCACGUGAAUGGGAGUUCAUUUUUUGAAUAAUAAGAAUUUUAUGUCUCGGGGGGUGGCAUCAGGAUUUUAGAGAUGCUUAGGUGGGGCAUGCCCAAAAAAUGGUUGGGAACCACUGAGCUAGAUGGUUAUUAUAUAAGGCCAUGAUCCACAGGUGUCCACGAGAAGCAAAAAUACCACUCAUGCAGAUAUAAACAUAGCCUUGUGCAACUUAUGUGUACGAUUGACUGAGGCUUCGGUCAGCAAAGGAGCUUGUCAAGAUGCAGCUUAAUUUCCCCCCUGCAAGCAACAGAGUUUGGAACCUGCUUUUGCGUACAGAAAGACUCCUGCCGAAAACCUUGUUCAGUUACUGUCAGUCAGUUUCAACAGCACUGUGCUUGAUGGACUAUUGAUCUGAUCUUGUAUAAGACAGCUUUUCUCUUUAGUUUAGUUGGUGUACCUGUGUGGCAGUGCUGAUAAAUAGCAGCCCAUGUCCUUUACGCGUCACUUGCAGAUGUGCUAAGUCUGAUACUUGGAGUUUUUGACGGGGGCCCUUCAGCCAAUGUCUGCCUACAACGUCAUCCCGUUUCCCUUUUAUCUCUUGUCAACCCACACCAGACUGGGGCUCUUGCAGAAGCCCACUUGAACUGUACAGUCUGCAAAAGGGAAUGUGUGCUUUGAGUCCACGAUAAGAGACCUGCCUUUGAAUGGCAUCUAUUCAGCUUCCUUUACAGAUCUCUUUAUCUUAAAGAAGCUGUUAUCUGAACACGCUCCUGCAGCCUUCCAUAUGCAUAGCAUUCUAACUAGUACAACUCCCCUUUCAGCAGCUGUAAUGUGAUUUCACAUGUAACAGCCUUCCCACAAGGGUAUAGUUGUGCUACUGUUGCUUUUAACACUGUGUAAAACCAGAUUAAAAUGUGUCCUUUAAUGCAGAUUGGACAGAGCUGCUGUAAGUGAGCCAACAUUAGUAGUAGUAGUAAUAGUUGUUGUUGUUAUUUAUUGAAUUUAUAUAUCGCCCUACAUGGGACGCAGGUGGUGCUGUGGUCUAAACCACUGAACCUAGGGCUUGCCAAUCGGUAGGUCGGUGGUUCGAAUCCUCGCAAUGGGGCUCCGUUGCUUGGUCACAGCUCCUGCCAACCUAGCAGUUCAAAAGCACGUCAAAGUGCAAGUAGAUAAAUAGGUACCGCUCCGGCAGGAAGGUAAAUGGUGUUUCUGUGCGCUGCUCUGGUUUUGCCAGAAGCAACUUAGUCAUGCUGGCCACAUGACCCGGAAAAACUGUCUGCGUGUGUGACCCUUGGCAAGUAAAGCAAGAUGAGCGCCGCAACCCCAGAGUUGUUCGCGACUGGUCUUAACUUUACCCUUUUUACUGCCCCAUACCUGGCAGUAAAUGUUUGACGCUUUAGCCUUGAAAUCAUAUACAUUUAACAUCCCGUUAUUAUGGAUCUCGUUUAGCUGCUGUUGUUUGCUUCGCUAUAGCAGCAAGUCCCUGAACAGUUCUGCUAUGGUAACUCUGAAACCAUAUAUAGGUGAGAGGAGGGCUUUUCCCCCAGUUGGAAUUCACUAGAACUCUGUUCCGGCACCUCUCAGGUGGGCGCCGUUGCCAUUAUAAGAGAACACAGGAGGCAUUCAUGGUGAGUUCUGGCGCCUCUUUCUAUUAAAAAAAGCACUAGGUUGAGAGCAGAUUGAGCUGGAGAGUGUGUUGUGGGCUUUUAUUUGAUCCUAGCAAGCUUUUAGCCACUGGGAUUCCCCACUGUAGACACCCACUGCCCCUUGUUUUCUUUAUGGCCUGGCAAAAUAAUAAUAAUAAUAAUAAUAAUUUUUAUUUAUACCCCCCCUCCCCGGCCAGGGCUGGGCUCAGGGCGGCUAACACCAAAUAUAAAUUACAAUAAAACACAAUAGGGAACCCCCCCCCAAAAAAACACAACAGUUAAUUAAAAUGUGGCUUAAAAUGCAGCCUCAUUUUAGUAGUAGCCCAUAGAUGAAGACCAUAAAGGGAGGAAACAUCAGAUAUUCACCUGGGCCAGCUAUCCAUGCUGGUCCUACAUGGGCCAGCAAAAAAAGCCAAGGGAAAAAUUAUAUACCAAAUCUCAUAUAAGGGGUCAGAGUGAUUCUAAGCCGAAGGCCAGGCAGAACAGCUCCAUCUUGCAGGUCCUGUGGAAAGAUGUCAAAUUCCGCAGGGCCCUGGUCUCUUGUGACAGAGCAUUCCACCACGUCAGGGCCAGUGCUGAAAAGGCCCUGGCCCUAGUUGAGACCAAUUUAACCUCCUUGAGGUUCGGGACCUCCAAAGUGUUGUUAUUUAUGGACCUUAAGGUCCAUAAAUGGACCUCUUCAGAGUGAUGCUGCCCAUAUAUCUGAAUACAUAUUAUGGACAGCUCGAACUGAAAAGCUUAAACUUCAGCUGACCACUCUUUUUGAAGGUUGUCUGAGUGCCUGGCUAAGAGGAUUUUUCUCUCUCCUUUUAUUUAUAAAAUUGUUGACAUCAUCGUAGCAUUUUACUAAAACACCUGCGUGCUGCUGCUUCAUGUAGGCCAGGAAUAAUUUUGCCGGAAGCCAUGCCAACAGGUGCUGAUCUCACUGAGAUCAGAUUACUUUAUAUCUGUUCAGCUAUAAUCAGGAGCAUUAAAGCCCUAAUGGAUGUAUUGAGUGAUUGGUACCCAGAUAUAUAUAUGCUGACAAAGCACCAGGACCUAUACUUGGAAUGUUAUAUUUAAUAUAUUAGCUCAACUUGAGGCACAGGAUGAAAGUUAUAAUAUGAGCUGCUUGGUUAACAAGCAAAUUGUGGAGUUACAGUAGAGGCAAUAAAAAUGUCAUGUUUAAAUCUUCUUUACUGCCCUCAUACAUGCACACACAGCAGAUUUACAAUUGUACUGUGCCCUUCCCUGCCGGAGAAUGGCUUGUGGUGUAUGGUGCUGAAUUCUUAUAUGUAAUGUCAGCCAAUUCUCAAAGCAAUACUUAUCUCAUGUCCUCCAGAACUGGGAAACAGUAGGCACAUUGUUAGGUCUGCUAUCCAGGUCCACAGCAUGGUGAGAUACUACCUUUGUUUUCAACAUGAGGUAAGCAAAUGAAGUGUUAUUUUCCUUAGAUGUAGAUCUAGUUGUAAACACCCCCCCCCCCGAUUAGACAAGAAUCAAAAGCUUAAGCCUGCCAGUUAUUGUUGUUUUGAAGCAUAUUGCAGGCUGGAUUUAGUUGUGCUAUUGUCCAGCUUUGAUAUGCAUUCUGAACUUCCUGUGUUUUUUUUGCAGUUUACUAAGACUGUUAUUUUGGUUACAAAUAACACGCAAGCCUUAAAAACAAAUUUGCAGAUGACAUGAAGCUUGGAGGGAUAGCUAACACUAUGGAAGACUCAAGAUUCAAUUGAUCUAGACCAGGGUUUCCCAAACUUGAGUCUCCAACUGUUUUUGGACUACAACUUCCAUCAUCUCUAGCUGGCAGGAGCAGUGGUCAGGGAUGAUGGGAAUUGUAGUUCAAAAACAGCUGGAGACCCAAGUUUGGGAAACCCGGAUCUAGACAGAUUUGGAACACUGGGCCAAAACCAAUAGGAUGAUAAUUCAAGAGGGAUAAAUGAUAAAACCCUGCAUAGGUGCAAAGAAAGCAAACACAUGUACAGAAUGAGGGUUAUCCGCAGGGCCGUCUUACCCAUAGGUGCUAGGGGUGUGGGGCACCCGGGUGCCGGGCUCUCAGGGGCCAGGCCGAGAGUCUGGGGCCCAAGAGUUGAGUUUGGGAAAGAGCCCGCCCGCCCGUCAGUUGGAGCGCUGCAGCGGGCUCUGCGCCGCAAGUUCGAGGGCGACCGAGCCAGUGAGACGCUGAGGUGGCCAGCUGGCUCCACCCUCCUGCACGCCUGGGACUGGGCAACCGGAGGGGGGCGCUGGGUGGAUCUUUGUACCCCGGCACCACAUAUUCUUAAGAAAGCCCUGGUUAUCAGGUUUGGUAGCAGCACAUGUGAGACAGUUCCACAUCAUCAUCAUCAUCAUCAUUAUAUUUAUUUAUACCCCACCUUUCCCCCUAUUUACACCAGCUGUUUACAACAUAUUUGCAAUCUCCCAGACACUCCAGGCUAUAUAUCUAUAUAUCAUCGAUAUAUCGAUAUAUCGAUAUCUACUUGAAUAUAUCAUGCUUGAAUUCCAUGCAUCUCAGUUCCUUCUCCUUUGUUAAUGCAAUUUACCCUUGUCAGGGAAAAAAAAUCUGAUUAGUACUACUGUGAGGACUGGUAUAGAUGUGAAAACUCCCAAGGUGACUAUUGGAUGUCUAUGGUCAAAAGGCCAAACAAACUGAACUGUAAAAGUUCUGUUUGGAUUUAGAAAUCAGAUUGGAAAAAAAAGUAGUGUGUGCCAUUUGCAAACGUCAGAAACAACCCCAAACUCUUCCCACACCCACUCAGCACCUAUACAAUGAAUCUGCAUCCACCACAAAAUAGUCUGUUACAUCCUUUCACUCUUUCAGGGGUUUGCUGCCUUGACUGGGUCCUACGUUCUAUGUUCCAGCAAAUUAGGCGUAGCAGACAAGAUAGGGCCACAGUUAAUUAGCAUUGUAUUUUCUCUUAGAUGUAAACUAUAAGUUGUAAACUAACUUUUAUAACGAGAUUGAAGCAGCUGUUCUCUUAAUAUCAUUGUAUAUGUGCAUACUGUGUGAUAUAUUUGAGACUGACUCAGGGCGCAGGCUUAGAGGUGCAAAAAUAACCACUGCAGUUUUUCCCAUCUCUGAAAUGUUCUCCUUAGUACCGACCUCAGGAAAAAUAAAAUCGUAUAUUGUGCAAAAGUUGAAUUGAGACCGUAAGUAGAUAACUCCUGACAUAUUUCAGUCAUAGCAAAACUAAAACUGCAGCUUCUGGUCCAUUUUGCAUGCAACUUUCUUAGGUUUAUUUUUCCCCCCAAUUGAUCAAAACAAACUUGAAGCAAAACUGAUUGAAGAAGCAGGGGAAGAAAAAUAUAGGUAAUCCUAGUGGGUUGAAAGCCAAAUUGAGGAUAAUCUAUUCAUGUUGUAUUGCUGUUCCAUAAUCGGAAGGUGAUAUGUUCAAUUGUUUUUUCAGAUAUUAUGAAAUGAAAGCUAAAACAGAAACGGUAGAUAUGGAUAUUGUUUGAAACCCAGCAAUCUUUUAAAUGACAAAAUUAUACAUUGCAGAGUACGCAAAAAUCAAUGGGCUAAAUCAGAUUUUCAUAAAAAUGUGACAGUUUGCUUUAUUUAGAGCUGCCAGAAUAUUUUGAGACUUUUUGAAACAUUACUUGCGCAAGCUACUUGUGCAUUUAAAAGAUAAAUAAUUUAUUAUGAUACUUGGUGCCUGGCAUCGCUGGAUAAAUACUUUACAAUAGAUGGAAAUGUGGCUUGAUUGUAUUACUCAUAGGCAAACCAGCGCUCAGUUUAGGUCUACCACUCUCAGCUGCUGAAAUUUUUUCUUGUUUUGUAAAUCAGAUUAUGUUUCUUGGGAACUGAAUUUUUGUGUGCAUGAUGACGUCAAAUGGCUGAGUUUUGUCAACAGUGCUGUGCUUGAAAAUGGGAGUUGUGCGUGCACUUCUUCACUAGAUUGCAGAAGUUUUGUCUGUUAGAAUUUUGGGUAUUGUUCCCUUAGCAGACUGUCUGUUGUGAUAAGAGAAGUGGAGCAAAAAUCUUUGCAAAAUGGGGGGAGCCAGACAUAUUGCUGGUGUGUUCUGCUCUCUUUCUCUCAGCUUUCCUUUGGAGCAGUGCUUAACUGAGAGGGGCUGGGUUUCAUCCCUACCUGGAAUUCGUGCUACUGACUUGGAUGCCCUUCAUCUGAUGAGUGCUGAUGGAUGAGAUUAGAGACCAUGAGAAUAAGUAAAUAAAGGAGGAGGCCAAGUCCUGCACAUUUUAUUUAUGGUGAUCAGAGCAUAUGGGGAGGGACAUAAAAUUGGCUUUCCUGGUCCCUUAAAUGGUUGUCCUACUCCUCAAACAAUACAAAUUUGAUCAUAUAGUUGACAUCUUGCCUCUCACCUAAGUGUUAACUUCAUUUUAAAAUGAAUAUUGUGGUUAUUAUUUGGCAAGCCAGGUGUAGGUGUGUCAUGUGUUGGACUUCUUGGGUAAACAAAGUUCAGGAGGUGGCACUGACGUGUAUUAUCUUUAAUCCAAGUAAGCUAUGCAUAAUAACCAGUGAGGGAAACUUAUUUUUAGAAAAUUAUAGGGUAGAGAUGAAAAAUUCAGAGUUAUAAAUUCAGCGCAGAUGCUGCAUUAACGAAUGUCUGUUUCCAAAGCAUUCACAUUUUCUUUAAUUACUUCACUGAUGCUAUCUGUUGUGUUGAGAUAUAAAUGGUUUGCAUCAUUUUAAAGCUGGGCAAAGGCCUGGAGGAUGGAGAAGACUUAAAAUCUUUUUCAGGUUCUGCAGAUCCAGUAAAAAUCUCCUUCUAGUCAAGCGUUGUCUAGUACUGUAACACUCACAAAGCAGCGAAAAUCCAAAAAUAACCACAUUACUUACAAGACCUUAAAUAGUCAUAGGCCCCGUUAGCUGCAAGAGGAAGUGGUGUGGGAGUAACUGCAACAUGAUGUACUGUGUGAAAGAGAAUGGUAAUGGGUAACUUUAAAAUACACAGACUUUUAGAUUAUGAUUAAUGUGGGGAAGACAUGCAUUCAUUUUGCUUUUGAGUGCAGGGGCCAAUCUAAUUCAGGCAUUAGUUUUAAUAUCUAAUUCAGUGCAAUAUAGUUUUAAUAACUGACUGUGCACAGAACUAUUUAUAACCUGUUUUAUACUAAAGAAUGUUGUGGGUGGAGAGACCUGUCAGGAGUAAGCAUGGACCAAAUGGUAUCAAAUACUAUGGGAAACAGCCCUACUAGAAAAAUUAACCAAUAAACUGAAACUGACAUGGGGACAAAUAGAAGAAGAUACCACAGAGCCUAGGACUUGCCGAUCAGGAGGUUGGAGGUUUGAAUCCCCAUGACAGGGUGAGCUCCCGUUGCUCGGUCCCUGCUCCUGCCAACCUAGCAGUUCAAAAGCACGUCAAAGUGCAAGUAGAUAAAUAGGUACCACUCCGGUGGGAAGGUAAACGGCGUUUCCGUGCGCUGCUCUGGUUCGCCAGAAGCUGCUUGGUCAUGCUGGCCACAUGACCCGGAAGCUGUACGCCAGCUCCCUCGGCCAGUAAAGCGAGAUGAGCGCCACAACCCCAGAGUCGUCCGCAUCCGGACCUAAUGGUCAGGGGUCCCUUUACCUUUACCUUCACCCCGGUAUGGCUCCCCUUUAUCACAUACACAGCCCAACAAGACAACGACAAGAAUCCGCCAACAGCAUACGAAUCAAUAUGGCUAACCUGAUUCAAAAACACCCACCCACCCCACUCACACAUGGAAACGAAGUUCACCACAGCCAGUCACAAAGAAGCAACUGCACCCUAGGCCAACCCCAAUUUCUCUCACCACCAAAGGAGCACAAGCGAAUAGCAAAGAGAACCCGCACAAACAACGCAGACACAAAACCCCACAUAUACAUUAAGCAAAUAAGAAACAUCGCCUCCCAACCCCACCCCUACUCGCCUCUCCCCCCUCCACCUCUUCCCCCCAUUUUCUAACCCUCAUGUCUCAACAGAUGAAACUGACCUAUGGAAAAUGUAACUUGAAAAAAGAGGCAUUGCGCAUACCUUUGUAAACCAAUAAAACUUUAAUAAAUAAAUAAAUAAACAAACAAACUGAAAAAGAAGAAUGGUGAAGAAGAAAAAAGAGGAAUGGUGGAGGUGGGGAGAAAUGUAGGAAAGUUUCUAUUCUACCCACAUCCAUAACCAGCAAGGAUAGGAUAAUUCUUCAGAGCUCUUUUGCAGCAUUUUGUAUGCUGCAGUAGUUUUGAAGCAGGCCUGCCCAGCCUAUGAAUGUGAUGAAUGGAGGGGCAAAUGUAGUCUACAAAACCAGGUAGCAUAGUUUGCCAGGUACUUGACAAACCUCCUGUUUUAUCCACACUGUGCAACCUAAUUGGGGGGUGGGGAAUGAUCCAGGGAAGGCCCAGGCUAAAUAUAAGAAUAUCACAUACAUUAUGGAGUUCUGUGGUAUCUUCUCAAUGUUGCUGUGAUAACAUUUAGAAAUGGCUGAAGUGAAUUACAUGACUCCCACAGCAAAGGACCCAUGGGUGGUUAAGUCCAGUCAAAGGCGACUAUGGGGUUGCGGCACUCAUCUCGCUUUCAGGCUGAGGGAACUGGCGUUUGUCCACAGGCAGCUUUCCAGGUCAUGUGGCCAGCAGGACUAAACUGCUUCUGGCACAAGGGAACACCGUGAUGGAAACCAGAGCAAAUAGAAACACCGUUUACCUUCCUGCCGCAGCGUUACCUAUUUAUCUACUUGCACUGGCAUGCUUUCGAAUUGCUAGGUUGGCAGGAGCUGGGACGGAGCAAUGGGAGCUUACCCCGUCACGGGGAUUCAAACCACCAACCUUCUGAUCAUCAAGCCCAAGAGGCUCAGUGGUUCAGACCACAGCACCACCCAUGUCCCGAAUAAACAAGCACACAAAGGUCCACCCGCCAUUGUGAGGCUCAAACCAAUGAAGACAAUGCCUCCCCAGCUGUUGCCAUUGGCUGUGGGUUUCUUGUGAUGUCACAAAAGCACUUGGCAACUGAGUGGAUAUAAAGGCAGGCCAAAGGAAAAGCCAUUUUUUAUUUUCAACAGGACACACCUGGCAAUGGAUGUGACAUUCAGCUUCUGGCACAAUGGAAACCAGAGCAAACGGAAACACCGUUUACCUUCCCGCCGCAGCGGUACCUAUUUAUCUACUGGUGUGCUUUCGAACUGCUAGGUUGGCAGGAGCAGGGACUGAGCAAUGGGAGCUCACUCCGUUGCGGGGAUUCGAACUGCCAACCUUCUGAUCGGCAAGCCCAAGAGGCUCAGUGAAGCAUCACCUGCUUUAUUUCAGCUAGAAAUGGCUGGAGUAAAUUACAUGACUCCCACACUAGCAUCUUUUGGCCCCUUGGGAAAAUAAUACUGUUGUAGAAGAGAUUUUUUGACGUUAGAGUUUUCUGAUGGAGCUGUCAGGCCCCAUGAGGUCCAAAAGCAAGGGUCCAGUAGAAAAGCUAUUUCCUUCCAUUCUUACUAUUCCUGCCCCACUGCGUAAUGUCUGUACAUGAUCUUGGAACUCAGUCCAGGCUACAACUGUGCCAUGGUCGGAAAGCAAAACAAAAACAAAAAACCAACUUCUUUGCAAAGCAGGUAGCUAAAGGAAGUCCACCGAGUUGCAGACCUCCCAGUAAGGGGGCACACAUGCCCCAUAUGAUCAGAAGAGUUAAGGACGUAGGAAACAUUUGAAGUCCCAUUUCCCUGUUUUUGACAUCAGACACACCUGUCCAUUCAUUCACUGGCAGACAAGAAACAAAAAUAGUCCAUUGUACGCACAACUCAAGACAGUGGUGGCCCUGGGCUGUGACUUGUUAUUUCCAUUACUACCAGAGUAUGGCAUCAAGGCAGGCAUAGGGUUUCGCUAGCUAACAGACCCUGAACUACUAAACGUGCCCCAGCAGCUCUGCCUCCACCCUAGUGGGGUAGGAAAGCUGAAAAAGAAUCGGAUCUGGCAACCAAUGCACCCCUUGGGCUACAGAUAGUAGAUGUGUAGACGAGUCUAAGAAGCCAGGGACACAAAUUUUCAAGGCUCUCUAAUGGCUAUGGUGGCUCAUUUGCUGGAAGUUAGCGUAACUCUGGGAGUGUAUACCGUAUUUUUCGCACCAUAGGACGCACCGGCCCAUAGGACGCAUCAAGUUUUUUGGGGGGGAAAUAAAGAAAAAAAAUUAUUUCCCCCCCCCAGGCGCUUGUGGGGCCGGCAGCGGGGAGAAGCGCUCUUCUCCCCGCCGCCCGCCUUCAGAUCAGGUCCGGGGACAGCAGGAAGACGCGCUGCGUCUCCCAGCUGUCCCCGGAGCUUGGGGGCAGGCAGCGGGGAGAAGCGCUCUUCUCCCCGCCGCCCGCCUUCAGAUCAAGUCCGGGGACAGCGGGAAGACGCGCUGCGUCUCCCAGCUGUCCCCGGAGCUUGGGGGCAGGCAGCGGGGAGAAGCGCUCUUCUCCCCGCCGCCCGCCUUCAGAUCAAGUCUGGGGACAGCGGGAACACGCGCUGCGUCUCCCAGCUGUCCCUGGAGCUUGGGGGCAGGCAGCGGGGAGAAGCGCUCUUCUCCCCGCCGCCCGCCUUCAGAUCAAGUCCGGGGACAGUGGGAAGACGCGCUGCGUCUCCCAGCUGUCCCCGGAGCUUGGUGGCAGGCAGCAGGGAGAAGCGCUCUUCUCCCCGCCGCCCGCCUUCAGAUCAAGUCCGGGGACAGCGGGGAGACGGGCUGCACCUCCGAGCUGUCCCUGGAGCUGGGGGCAGGCAGCGGGGAGCGCUCUUCUCCCUGCCGCCCGCCUGAGAUCAGGUCCGGGGACAGCGGGAAGACGCGCUGCGUCUCCCCGCUGUCCCCGAGCUCGCGGGGCAGGCAGGGAGAAGCGCUCUUCUCCCCGCCGCCCGCCUUCAGAUCAGGUCCGGGGACAGCAGGAAGACGCGCUGCGUCUCCCAGCUGUCCCCGGAGCUAGGGGCAGGCAGCGGGAGAGCGCUCUUCUCCCCGCCGCCCGCCUUCAGAUCAAGUCCGGGGACAGCGGGAAGACGCGCUGCGUCUCCCAGCUGUCCCUGGAGCUGGGGGCAGGCAGCAGGGAGAGCGCUCUUCUCCCCGCUGCCCGCCUUCAGAUCAGGUCCGGGAACAGCAGGAAGACGCGCUGCGUCUCCCAGCUGUCCCCAGAGCUUGCGGGCCGGCGGCGGGGUCUCCCUGCCGUCAGCCUCCAAACCACUUCGGGAGACAGCGGGAUGGCGGCGUUCCGCCUCCCUCUGUCCCCGACCUUGUGGGGCUGGCGCUGGGGUCUACUGAAGCCUGGAGAGCGAGAGGGGGCGGUGCGCACCGACCCCUCUCGCUCUCCAGGCUUCAGUGAAAGCCUGCAUUCGCACCAUAGGACGCACACACAUUUCCCCUUCAUUUUUGGAGGGGAAAAAGUGCGUCCUAUAGUGCGAAAAAUACGGUACUUGAUGUUGACCAAAGGAAGCCUCUUAGAGCAAAGGCCUAGGAAGAACUCAGUACAGUGGUAUUUCAGGUUAAGAACUUAAUUCGUUCUGGAGGUCCGUUCUUAAGCUGAAGUACCACUUUAGCUAAUGGGGCCUCCUGUUGCUGCCGCAGUGCGAUUUCUGUUCUCAUCCUGAAGCAAAGUUCUUAACCUGAGGUACUAUUUCUGGGUUAGCGGAGUCUGUAACCUGAAGCGUCUGUAACCCGAGGUACCACUGUAUAAAGGUAAAGGUACCCCUGCCCGUACGGGCCAGUCAUGUCCGACUCUAGGGUUGCGUGCUCAUCUCGCUCUAGAGGCUGUGAGCCGGCGCCAUCUGAAGACACUUCUGGGUCACAUGGCCAGCAUGACAAAGCUGCAGCUGGCGAGCCAGCAGCAGCGCAGCACAUGGAACGCCGUUUACCUUGCCGCUAUAAAGUAAUACCUAUUUAUCUACUUGCACUGGUGUGCUUUCGAACUGCUAGGUGGGCAGGAGCUGGGACCGAACGACGGGAGCUCACCCCGCCGCGGGGAUUUGAACCGCCGACCAUACGAUCAGCAAGUCCUAGGCACUGAGGUUUUACCCACAGCGCCACCCGCGUCCCUAUACCACUGUAUACACUUAUAUAAACUAAGCCUAGGAGUCUUAGUUUGGUCAGAAUCGACCAUAACCCAGUUGGCAGUGUUGCACAUACUGCCACCCCCCCUCUCUCUCUCUCACACACACACACACAUACACAGAGUGUGUAUUUGAAGCCCAGACAAGCGAUACUCAGUAGACAAACCCUCAUGAUGUGUUAACACCUGCAGUCGUCCUUCUUCCUCUGGUUUUCUGUACUCUUUAUCUCUUCCUCCCAAUACUGAAGCAGCUGCAUUACCACAUUUCCUGUCUGAAGUUGCAGCAAAGAAGCAAGGCAGCCAGAAAGCAAGAAAAGAAGGGUUGAUCCUUAAAAGUGAGCCUCUUAAAUAUUUAAAAAUUGUGCGAGGGGGUUUCUGCUCUUGAAUGGUAAUAACUUAGCAAUUUCAUUUGGAUGCUGCCUUUAUAUUCAGAUAGAGGGAGAGGGGUCUGCAGCCUGACAAAAGCUAUAUUUUUUUCUUACGCCGCGUUGUGAGAGUUUAUUAACAUUAAACUUCUGCUGCCGCUCUGAAAUCAUCCUGGUUCCAGUCUGUUCACUCUGAGCAAUGCUUUUACUUUUCCCUGCUUCAGAGUUACAACUAUGUAACCUCCCCGCUCUCAGUUAGUAGCUUCAUGUUCUCCGUUGUUACUCAUUAAGAGGUUUGAUUAAGGACUAAAAAAAUGCUGCUUUGAGAGAGACAAGAACCCUCUCGUUCAUUAGAACGAUGAGGGUACAUGCAGCUUGAAAGUGUUUUUGUAAUUAUUAGGCAUAUUUUGCUCCCAGCUCCUUGGCAGGCUUUGAGAUGCAUCCAAGUAGGGACUGUAUAGAGAUGCUGUUAGUCUUUGGGGCCGUAUAUACAGUGGUGCCUCGCAAGACGAAAAGAAUCCGUUCCGCGAGUCUCUUCGUCUUGCGGGUUUUUUCGUCUUGCGAAGCAAGCCCAUUAGCGGAUUAGUGCUACAGUAUUAGCGGCUUAGCGGGCUUAGCGGAUCAGCUGAUAAGCGGCUUAAUGAUAAGCUGAUAAGCGGCUUAACGAUCAGCUGAUAAGCGGCUUAGCAUCAGCUGUUAAGCGGCUUAGCCAUCAGCUGAUAAGCGGUUUAGCGGCUUGGGAAAAAGGGGGGGGAAAGGAAAAAAAUCCCGCAGGAACUCGCAAGACAUUUUCGUCUUGCAAAGCAAGCACAUAGGAAAUUCGUUUUGCGAAGCACCUCCAAAACGGAAAACCCUUUCGUCUUGCGGGUUUUCCGUCUUGCGAGGCAUUCGUCUUGCGGGGCACCACUGUAUACAGUGCCAGAUUUACGUAUAAGCUAAACAAGCUAUAGCUUAGGGCCCCACUAUCUUGCCCCCCCUCCAACAAAGAAAAAAACUGGAUGUAGAUUUACAAAAUAUAAGAUAAAAACAAAUAAAAUAAAACCUACAUACAGCAACAGUGCUUUGUGUUGUGUAUGGACCUAUUAGGUCUAUAAAUUUCCAUAUAGCAUAUAUUCAACACAAAAAACAGUGACAAUUUGUUGUUGACAAAGGACAGCUGGACAUAUAAAGGGACCCAUUACCUUCAGUAGCUUAGGGCCGGCACCCCCAAACUCAGCCGUCCAGGUCCCUAGCUAACAGGACUCUCCACUGGUCCUGUUAGCUAGGGAUGAUGGGAGUUGUAGUCCCAAAACAUCUGGAGGGCAGAGUUUAGGGGUUCCUGGCUUAGGGCCUCAUCAAACCUAAAUCCGGCCCUGCAUAUAUGCAGCGAGUGGGAUUUGCAUGCUCAUGGCAGCGCUUUGCAAAGCCAUCACGACUGCAGAAAUUGCAAUGGCCACGAAGGUAGCCACCAUAAGGAAGCACCAUUUCAAAGAAACAAGGGCGUGUCGCAAAUUGGACAGCAACCCUUUGUGCCCUGAUGCGCUCCCCUAUGGACUGAAUUGGCACUUGUAUACAUUAUAGUCCCCAGCUAAUACCAUAACCCUGCCCAUGAAUUGAAAGGGGCUGGAGAGGCAUCUAAGCUCAAUUAGUUGAUAUGUAUCUCCUCCUUCAUAUGUGUCCGUUGCCUUUAUUUUGUUGAGAAUUUGCCCUGCCGAGUUGUGCGUGGCACAUGCUCCCUAUCAUUUCUGACGGAGGUCUUUAUUUGCUGCCCUGGUGGCAUUGUUGGUUUAAGGUUGGUUGGUUUCUUUUUAAUUUCUAUAAGGUUGCCUUGGAUUGAUUGAUUGAUUUAUACAUACAUACAUACAUACAUACAUACCCCGCCCAUCUAGCUGGGUUUGCCCAGCCACUCUGGGCAGUACCCAACAGAAUAUUAAAAACACGAUAAAACAUCAAACAUCAAAAACUUCCUUAAACAGGGCUCACCUUCAGAUGUCUUCUAAAAGUCAGAUAGUUACUUAUCUCCUUGACAUCUGAUGGGAGGGCAUUCCACAGGGCAGUCGCCACCACCGAGAAGGCCCUCUGCCUUGUUCCCUGUAACCUCACUUCUCGCCAUGAGGGAACCACCAGAAGGCCCUCGGAGCUGGACCUCAGUGUCUGGGCUGAACGAUGGGGGUGGAGACACUACUUCAUUUAUGGGCCGAGGCCAUUUAGGGCUUGAAGGGUCAGCACCAACACUUUGAAUUGUGCUCGGGAAAGUUAGUUGUGCUUAUUUUCAUUGAAAUAAAUGAGAAGUAAGUCAAUAACUUGAUGGGACCUAAGGACAGCUAGCACACCUGUUACUUUGGUUGUAAUUUUAUUAUGUGUACUAGUAAUAUUAUUAGUUUCCUUAAUGUAAGAACUUUUGCCUGCAAUUCCAUGCCUUGUUUCCCAUGUUCAACAACUAGAUUCCUUUGGGAAGCCUACAAACAUGAGGGCAGUGGCCCUACCCUACUGUUGUUCCUCAGCAAGUUGUAUUCAGAGACGUGCUACCUGUGAUCCUGAAGCUAGAAUACAACCAUAAUGACUAGUAGCCAUUCUUAGCCCUUGAUAGCCUUAUCCUCCAAAAAUUUGUCAAAAUCACUUUCAAUUGGUGGCCAUCAAUAGGGCUGGGCGAUAUCUGGUUUUCAACAUCACGAUAUAUCACCAGCUAAACAUCACAAUAUAUAGCUAUAUCACAAUGUCUGAAAUAAGGUUGGAACUAUGUAGAGGCAAAUAGGAGGGCUGGGUGAUACCUGGUUUUCAACAUCAUGAUGUAUCACCAGCUCAACAUCACGAUAUACAGUGGUACCUUGGUUUAAGAACAGCCCUGUUUACGAACUAUUUGGUUUACAAACUCCACAAAACCGGAAGUAGUGUCCCGGUUUAUAAACUUUACCUCGGUCUACGAACAGAAACCGAACUGUGGAAGGGCACCUGCGGCGGGAGGCCUCAUUAGGGAAAGUGUGCCUCGGUUUACGCACGGUUUCAGUUUAAGAACAGACUUCCGGAACGGAUUAAGUUCGUAAACUGAGAUACCACUGUACUGAUAUAUCAUGAUGUCUGAAAUAUGGACGGAGCUAUGUAGAGGCAUUGGAUGGCCUCACGUUUUUCCCCACAUUGUGAUUUUUGCAUACACACAUACACACACACACACACACACACACACACACGAUUUGUGAUAUACUGCCAGGUUAAAAUUUAUGAAACUGAUAUCACAAUGUGGACUUCAAACCGGUUUUGGACAAUAUUUUGCCCAGCCCUAACACAUUUCAUGAUUCGCGAUAUAUUGCCAGGUCAAAAAUUAUGAAACCGAUAGCACCAGUUUUGGACAAUAUAUUGAUAUAUAGCCCAGCCCUAGGUGUCACUACAUCUUGUGGUAGUGAACUCUGGAGGGUUGUGUGAAGAAAUAUGCAAGUAAUGGGUGUCAAAAGCCUCAGUCUGAAAGCAUAGGCAUAUUUGGCUUAGGUACCCAUGUUAAGUUAAUAAACCUGGGAUUAGGUCCUUACAUAUUGCCUCACAGAGGAAAAGGUUUUGGAAGUUCCCCUCUGAAAACCUCUCUCCUCUUUCACCUGUAAGUUUACCAGGUGAACCAGGUGAUGUUGUUAAAGGAAGGCAGUUGCACAGUUUCAGUGGGGAAAACAGCAAGCUCUACAGCAAGCUCUUCAGCCUUGGUUAGUCAUCUAUGAAAUGAGAAUAAUGGUCCUGUUUCUCACACCACAAAUAUAGUUGUGGGUGAAGAAGAUAGGGAAGCCUCUCCAAUUCUGAGCUUUAGUGCUAGAUGUAAAUCUAAGUUCUUAAUAAAUUCAUCACUCUAGCUAAUAAGAUUAGGGAUAUAAAGUGAUUAGGAGUGCAUUGCAAGAGUCUUCUUUACCUAGAAUGCCGUUGUUGAAUUAUGCAACGCUACAAUUUUAGCCAAUUAAAAAAUAUUGGUUGUCUGCAACUAUACUUCAAUCUUGUUUAAGGGGAUAAUCUCAUGGGCCUUCAUUAAUCUGAGAAACCUAGACAGGCAAGAACUGUACUACAUGUAAUAAUUUGGUUUGUCUCUCAGAGUGCAGCAUUUAGGUCCUGAACUUUCCUCACAUUACGCUGCGUUUCCCAAAGAUCAGUAUUAAUAAAAAAAAAAAAAUUAGAAUGCUUGGCAUCUUAUUAUACUUAUGCACAGAUAAAUGUAUUUUUUAAAUGUCAUAUAAUCCCCUUGGGGUAGCCACAUGUCCUGUUUUACAGAGGGCAGUCCUCUGUUUGAAGGGCUUUCUGGUCCAAAUGUUGUUUAAAGAUAAUGAACAUCAGGAAGAAGGGAGAGCAGCAGGCCCCUUGAUGUAAUUUUUAUUUAUUUAUUAUUAAUUCAAUUUAUAUACAGUGGUACCUUGUUUUGAGUCCGGGAUCCGUUCCGGAGCCCCAGACACUUGAUGAAAAGGGUGCUCGACAAAGCACCGCUGCGCAGCAUGUGCAAAGCGCAAUUUAGCUUUUUUGCGCCUGCGCGAGCGGCAAAGCCAGAAGUAACCCAUUCCGGGUUUGCCAGAGAUGUCUGCCAAAAUAGAUGAUGGACAGGGCAGACUUAUACGGAGGUAUGACUGUACCACUCUUUAUCAGAAGAUCCCAGGGCAGAGUACAACAUUUCAGAACAUCAAUGCUAAAAAUGAAAUAAAAACUUAAUAAAAAGCAUACUGACAGGCAGCCUAAUAAUAAAAUAGUUAUCAUAAUAACAGUCCUUUCCCCCACACUUUCCCAGGCCAUAGAUUAUUUAAUAGCCAUAGGCCUGGGUAAAGAGGAAUGUUUUUGUCUGGUGACUAAAGACAUGUAGUGAUGGCGCCAGACAAGCCUCUCUGGGGAGAGAAUUCCACAAUAGGGGAUCAUUAUUAUCAAUUUACAGUGAGGUGGAAGGUUCACAGGCUAUGAAGGACUUGUUCACAAUUUUUUUGACAGCUGCAUGCAUUAUUAUAGCUAGGAAGUGGAAGGGGCAAGCAGAAUAUAAAAUGGAAGAAUGGUAUAAAGAGGUGUGGGAUAUAGCUAUUAAUGAUAAAUUAGCAUGUGCCAUUAAAGGUAAGACGGGGAAUAUGAGGGGGAAAUAAUUUUGUGGAGAUAUGGAAGGUGUUUGUAGAAUUUGUACUGUUGAAACGGAAAGGGGUCAAACCAUCGCAAGAGACGCUGAAAUUUUGGGAGGUUGGAUAGUUACAGUGGAAUGGUCUCGGUCGUGGGGUGCACAUUUUUUAUUCUUAUUUAUUUAUGGUUAUUACUUUGUCAAAAUGAAAUAAAAAAUUAAAAGGAGAGAGAGAAAAGAAAAAUAGAAAGGCUGUGAACUCGAUUCAGCUCUGGUACUCCAAAUAAAUUAUUGUGCUCAAUAUAAAAAUAAAAUAAUCGGGGAGCCACCACAGAAAAGGCCCGUUUUCUUGAUGCUCAGAAACAGUUAGCACCUGCAUAAUACCCAAGCACACUGUCUUCCCUGCUAUGUUUUUUGAGCAAUGCAAAGUUUGUCCCGAAUGUUUGAGCCCCUUCUUCCUCAAACCCCACCAAGAGUAUAGCCACCAUCACUUCACUUUCUCAGAACCAGAAUGUUCCAAACUACUUUUUCUCCCCACGAACAGCUUAAUAACUCCAUUUCCGAAAAACAAUAAAGAUUAAUUUUUUACCUAGAGGAACUAGUUGUACUGUCGCAAACUUCCUUGCUUAAAAAUCCAGUAAUAAUUAUACGCCUGACUUAGCUUAAUUAUACUUCAUGUAAUAAACCUGUGCUUUCAUGGCAGUAUUUAUACAGGAAGUUCUAGGAAUUAAUUGGAGUGCCUGAUCUGCAGGUGUUGGAACCGGCAGAUGGAAACACACAUUUAGAGGUAGAUUUUCCCGUCUCUCGCAUGAGUCGUCGAAAGCUUUGAUCCAUUCACCAGAAGCAACAUGCAAUCUGGGCCAAGAAGGAAAAGUUGCUGGCCACACAUUCGGCAGUUGUGUGAGUUGGCCCUCAGCCUCCCAAACUGUGACUGGCAGACAGGCUCUGGCUUUCUCUAUAGCAUCCGGUGUCAACAGACUGGGCCUGGUUCUUGCAGUCAUGGAGGAAAGAAAGAAGUAUAGUCUUUUCUUAAAAAGGUAAAGGACCCCUGACAGUUAAGUCCAGUCACAAAUGACUCUGGGGUUGCAGCACUCAUCUCGCUUUACUGGCCGAGGGAGCCGACGUUUGUCCACAGACAGUUUUUCCAGGUCAUGUGGCCAGCAUGACUAAGUGUGCUGGUCCCAAGCGUUAACCGUGCGGCAAGGUCCGAGUCCAGUCCGAGGUCGAGGGUGCAGUAGGGAGGCUGUCCAUCAAAACUGAAGCUGGGUCCAAGGCAGGGAGUCGGGUGAGGUCAGGAACUCUGGCAGAAGAGCAGGACAGGGUGCAGGCAGGAACAGGCUACCAACAAUGUUGCUCCCGCAACCUGGGACUGGGGCUGGCUGGCUUUUAUCUGCCCCGAGGCAUAGGGCGGCCCCGGUCCACAGGUGACUCGCCUCUCCUGGCCUGGAAGUGAGCACUCUUCCUGCGGGAACUUAGUUCCCUCCGCCUCUCUGCCCUGAGCCUCUGCAGCUCAGGAGAGGCUGGAGGAUUACCGGACUCAGAGGCAACCUCAGUUUCCUCUGACGGGGCUGAGAGUGGAGCACCUGCAGGCAAUGGGUCCUCCAUCACCUCUGGAGCCAGAGCAGACACAGCUGGUGCCUGCACCUGAGGAUCCAGCACAGAUGAGGACCCUUCAGGCUCAUGCCCCAGCCCCGGCUCAGCUGGUUCUGGAGGUGGGGAAUCCUGUGCAGGCUGGGAUCCCUCAGGUUCAGCCUCCGAGUCCGAAUCCCAGGCCAUCACACUAAGCCAGAAUGACUAAACUAGAGCAGCGCACGGAAACGCCGCUUACCUUCCUGCCAGAGCGGCACCUAUUUAUCUAUUUGCACUGUGUGCUUUCGAACUACUAGGUUGGCAGGAGCUGGGACUGAGCAACGGGAGCUCACCCCGUUGUAGGGAUUCGAAACACCAACCUUUCGAUCGGCAAGCCCAAGCGGCACAGUGGUUUAACCACAAAUUGCCCCCUGCCUUCAGAAAUGCUUGUCUCCUUAAACUAUGGAAGGUAACACUACUACUCCUGCUACAAGAAUCAAUGUGAAAAGAACCAGCUAGAUCCAAAAUCUCAGUUGAGAUCGCAUUCUAGAUCUAGAUCAAAAUCCAGAUCCAGGUCAUGGACUAGUUCUGAGUCCAGUGGUCACCAACAACGUACCUUGUUUUUUUAGGCAUGUAUUAUCCAGUCACACAGUUGAGUUAUUAUGUUGCAACAUUGCUUAAAAUAACUUCUGUCUGUUAUCCUGUCAGCAGACAAUUAAUACUAUUAAAACACAACCUUCUACAAAAGAGUCCACUUUGUUAAAUGUCAUGGGCAGCUACUGACGUCCUUGUGGUGUUUAUUUGUAUAUAUUUUUGUAAAAGACUUUGAUUUUUAUGCUUCAAAUAUCAAUGGUACAUUGAUUAUGACAGUAGUUUACAGCAGGGGUCAGCAAACUUUUUCAGCAGGGGGCCGGUCCACUCUCCCUUAGGCCUUGUGGGGGGCUGGACUAUAUUUUGGGGGGGAAAAAUUGAACAAAUUCCUAUGCCCCACAAAUAACCCAGAGAUGCAUUUUAAAUAAAAGCACACAUUCUACUCAUGUAAAACAUGCUGAUUCCUGGACCAUCUGCAGGCUGGAUUUAGAAGGCGUUUGGGCUAGAUCCGGCCCCCAGGCCUUAGUUUAUCCAUGGUUUACAGCUUGUCGUAAUGAACUCGCCCACAAGAGAUAUUACACUUGUCCUUACUUUUAACACCAGAAUUCAAGAGGAGCCACCCCCCCGCCCCCACAAAAUGAUGUUUAUCCCAAUUUCUAAUAGGAGCCUUGCAGCACUAUUUAGAUGCUUGGGGCGGUGUGUGGAAGAGAGGUUUUGGAAGUGGGCGGGGGAUACCUUUUUUCGUUCUUUCCCACCAUCCUGAAACUUUCCACCACUGUGCUAUAUUAUGCUAAAGGACUAAUAGCCACAAAAUUUCAUAGCUCAGCUGUUCUCAGCAGGUGCUGGAAGGCAAGGAACAUAGGUCUUGAUCAGGGUAUCCCCCCCACCCCCGUUUCUUUCAUUUUUAAUUUGCAAAGUAUUAUACUUCUGCAUACCUGGGGAGCUCACUUUGUAUGCAGAAUGGGUUAUCUCUGUUUUUUAAUGGCCCAUUUCAUUCCAAACUGAUAAGUAUAGGACCACCCAAAAUCAGCAUUAAGAGGAAGCACGCGAUUAUAUGAAUUUCACAAAGGGCUCACAAUGGUGCAUUUGGCGUUCUCUGUCUUCUGCGUAAUAUAUUUUGACCUUGAUUUACAAGGCAAGGCUGGGAAAAUAGGUAAUAUGCCAAAUGACCAAAGUAAUGCUUCAUUGCCCUUUCAAAGUGUAACUGCUAUAUAGUUUCAGGUUAGAGAUUAACUAGCCCUUCAAUUUCACAAAAGAAUGGGUGGAAUUUGUGUGUCUCAGUUUUUCCGCUCCAGAAGCUUAAAACCUUUUAAGGUAACAGCUCAUACUUCAAAUACUACUUUCCAUUUUGAAAAACACUAUUACUUGAAGCAGCAGGGUAGCAGUAGUAAAUUAUGCCCGUCUGGCAGCAUGCGGACAGCAACCAGGUUGUUGAAACACAGUUAAGCAAGGCUAGGUUAUUUAAUGAGCUUGCGGUAUGAACAAACAAUGGUGGUGUGGAGGGGGCACUCUGUCAGUACCUUAAUUGUGUUAAGAAAAAAGGAAUAUUUUUAAAGCUGGAGGAGGACUUCAUUGCCCUUGUCACAUUGCAAUACAAUGUAGAAAGUGUUCAUAUGGACUAUUUGCAUGGGUUGGGUGGGGAUACUAUUAAGCCCUUAAUACUCAUGAGUGAGGAAGAAAGGUAAUAUAGUGUUUGUGCUCUGAUUCUCUGUAUUUUGAGAUUUAUUUUCUACUGAGUCAAAAUGGGUUAUUUUUUAUAUUGAAUGAUGUCUGGUGUAUAAUGUUGUAUAACCUAGAAUGUUCUCGAACCUAGUGGGUUCUAAGUGCCGAGCAACAGAUUUUAAACCAGUUGCUUUAGAAACGAUGUAACAAGCAUUGUGAAUUUUAUUUUUACUUUUUCUUUUCCCAGGUUUUCCCUUUGGAAGCUGGAGUAGAACAUCGUUUUCUGUAA